CUUCAGGACUCCAUGUCAAGAGCAGGAAGAGUGAUAGAGACUCGCAGGCCCUGAAAACACACGCCUCUCCAGUAAUAACAGAAGGUAAAGCAACAGGGUAUUGUCAGUGUUAAGCUAUGGGAAAUCCUGGGGAAAAACUGGGAAAACAGGUUGUAGUUCAACAAUUGUCACAAAGGCUUGAACUUGUGGGACGUUUUUUAACCUCUUUGCUCUUAAGUAAUCCAGUGCUGUAUACGUCCUCCCCUUAGUUAAUGUGUGUCUCAAUUAAAUAGCAUUUUGUGCCUCUGUGAGUAUAUUAAAACAUGUAAACUUAUUGAUUAAAGUUCAGUUUCAGAUAUUUUAGGUGAGAAUUUGCAGUAAAGCUUUAGUUCUUAGUAUUUUUGUCUUCAGAUAUUCAUAUCUCAUUUCUCCAGCCAUUUCAGAGUUAGUACCUAUUUUAGCAGGAUUACUGCGCAGCCAAACAAUAGCAACAUGGGUUAGUGCUGGAUAGACUGACACUGUCAAACACUGGAUCUCCAAGGUACCCCAACAGACCUGGAUUUAGGUAUUUCUCAGGUCUGUUUCUAACAAAACCUGGAUUGUUGAUGUAUCUUGAGGACUGGUUUGGGAACUACUGGGUUGCAGAUAAGUUAUUUUAGGGUUGCUUGGAAAUGGACUACAACAUUUUUUGUAAGUCUCUAACUAGGUGAGACCUACACAAGCUUCUUUAUAUGACAUCCAGGGGAAUGUAAAUAGAGGUUGCAUAGGAUACACCAGUGGAAAUGUCACGAUACAUGUUGGACGCUGUCGGACCGCUCCCCUUCACAGGUUGCCAGGCUGAAUUCUCUGUUCAGCCGCACAGAAUGUCUCCGCACAGACAUGUGGAAGGAGGAAAUACUUGCCUGUUGCACCGCUCUCAUACAGGGCCGCUCAGCCGUAACAAUUCGGAUGCUACCCGCUCGAAUGGUACGUCCUUGCAUAAAAAUAAAUAACGCAACGUCACAUCCAGGGCUGGUGCAAGGAUAUUUGCCGCCCUAGGCAAAAGAAAAAUUGUGUGUGUUUACAUUAAAAAGCCUAGAGGGACAGGCUAUAGACACCAGAACCACUUUUGUCUAUUUGAAUAUGCAGUGGUUCUGGGGACUAUAGUGUCCCUUUAAUAUGAGGUAAAUUAGAGAUUAGUGUCACUAAUAAUAUACUAGAUUGCCUACUUACAACCAGAUGAGGAUGGUGAUGGGCUCUGGCUGCAGUUUGGCUCCACUGAUCUGGUGUAGAACAUCUCUGGAGGCUGUUUGUAACUGUGGUCACAAAAUUCAAUGUUCUGGGAGAACGGGAAGCAGCUCAAUUUUGUUGGGCCCCUUACACAGCUCUUACACUGCUGGGCCCAAGGGCCUGAUGGUGAGUAUGCCCAUAAGGCCCACCCAUAAGUUCACCUACAUGUUCCACCCAUGAGUUCGCUCACAAUGAGUGGAGUGUGUAGGGGAUGUGUUAUGUGUUAUUAUAGAGGAUCUAAUGUGUGUGCUUAUUGAAUGUAGUGUAUAGGGAUACCAGUUUGUGUAGGUAAUGCAAUGCGUUUGUGUGCAGUGGAAGCAGUGUGUUUUUGUGUAAGGGAUGUAUUGUGUGUUUCUGGUUAUGUGUAAGGGAAUGCAUUGUGUGAAUCUGUGUAUGCAAGGGAUGAAGUGUGUGUGUCUGUAAGGGGUGCAUUGAGUGUAUGUAAGAGAUGCAUUGUGUUUCUGUGUAUAUGUAAGAGAAGCAGUGUGUGUUUGCAUGUGUGUAAAGGAUGCAUUGUGUGUUUCUGUGUAUGUGUGCAAAGGAUGCAGUCUUUAUGUGUAAGGGUUGCAUUGUGUGUGUGUAAUGGAUGCAUUGUGUGUUUCUCUGUGUGUAAGUGAAGCAUGUUGUGUUUCUGUGUGUGUAGGGAUGCAUUGUGUGUUUCUGUGUAUGUAUAGGGAUGCAUUGUGUGUGCAUGUGUGUGCGCGCAUAGUGUGAAAGAGCUCCCUGUCCUGCCCCAUGUCCUAUAGAGCUCUCCCUUCCAUCCCUUAGAGCUCCCCCGGCCCCUUAGUGGUCUCUCCACCCCAUCACCCUCCCCUAGCAGUCUCUUCUCACACCCCCGUGUUCUCCUCACCCCCCUCCCUGUGAUCUCAUCUCCCCUUCUUCUCACCUCCCCCCUCCCUGUGUUCUCCUCACCUCCCCCUCCCUCUGUUCUCCUCACCCCCCGUGUUCUUCUCACCUCCUCCCUCCAUGUGUUCCCCUUACCCCCCUCCCUGUGUUUUCCUCACUCCCUCACCCUCCCUGUGUUCUUCUCACUCCUCCCGUGUUCUUCUCACUCCCCCCUUCCCUGUGUUCUUCUCACAACCCCCCGUGUUCUUCUCACUCCCCCGUGUUCUACUCGUCCCCCUCCCUCUGUUCUCCUCAUCUCCCUUCUCCUCACCCCUCCCUGUGUUUUCCUCACUCUCCCACCCUCCUGUGUUUCCUCCUUCCCUCCUGUGUUCUUCUCACAACCCCCCAUGUUUUCUCACAACACCCCUGUGUUCUUCUCACUCCCUCCCUGUGUUCUUCUCAUGUCCCCCCUCCCUGUGUUCUCCUUAUCUCCCCUUCUCCUCACCCCUGUCCCUGUAUUCUUCUCACCCCCCCGUGUUCUUCUCACUCCCCACAUGUUAUUCUCAUCCCCCUCCCUGUGUUUUUCUCACUCUCCCCCAUGUUCUUCUCCCCUCCCCUAUGUUCUUCUUACUCCUCCCCCUAUGUUCUUCUUACUCCCCUCUCCCUAUGUUCUUCUUACUCCCCCGUGUUCUUCUCACCCCCCAUGUUCUUCUCACCCCCACCCUCUGUGUUCUUACUCCUUCUCCCCAUAUUCUUCUUGCUUCUGCUCACCCUCCCUAUGUUCUUCUUACUUCUCCCCCCUCCCUAUGUUUUCCUCACUCCCCAUGUUCUUCUUACUACUCCCCAUGUUCUUCUUACUCCUCACCCCCUCCUAUAUUCUUCUUGCUCCCCGUGUUCUUCUCACACCCCUGUGUUCUUCUUACUCCCCCCCCCAUGUUCUUCUGACCUCCCCUUCCCUGUGUAGCGUGGGUGGCCGAGUUUCUCUCCGGUCCGCGGUACAGGAACUUCUGUUUCCUGUACCCGACCGGACUGACAGGAAGUGCACACUGAGUAUAUAAUGUUAAACUUUGGCCACUCUCAGGCCCGGUAAUACAUCUAUAUUUGAUCCUUUAUUUCAGGGUUUCCCAUAUCCUGUAAGUUAGGGUAAUCACACUGUGACAGGAAUUGAUUCCACCAUCUCUACCCACCAUUCCUAUAGUCCACAGAAAGAGACAUAUACCUCUGAAGAUAGCCAGCUUUAUUUUUUGCCUACAUUGAUUAUAUAUCUUUGUUCUUUCAGUCACUAAUGUAGAGGAGCCUCAUGAAAAAGCAGGGGAAAUAUAUUUCACUGGAGAAUGUCUCACCUCUUACAGUCCACUGAAAAUGUCUGCCCCACACUUAAAUACUAGGACAGAUGUGCAAAUGGUGAUACAAAUCCACCAACGAGCCCAUGAAGUAGUACUAGUAGGAAUAUCUGCAUGAUGGGUAUAGUAAAAUUUUUUUUCAGUCUUUCUUUUAUUUAAGCAUUAUAGUAGUACAAAACAGGUAAAAAGGAGGUAUUACAAUAUAACUAAUAUAUUAGUAUAUUAAUAUAAUUUAAACAGUAAGAAUUGUAAGCACAAUUUUUAUUAGAAAGGUGCAGGAAGAUGUUUUCUAGUGCUUCGAUUAUAUUUGAGUUUGUUGGUUUAUACAUGUGUACUAGUAUUUGAUACGAAUCAAAGUAUAAUAAUCUUUACUCGAUAUUUCAAAUUCAAGUUGUUCAAAGGAUUUAGGAUGUAAUCCAGUAUAGAAAUCUGCCAUUUUCAGGUCUGUAUUCUUAUACCAAUCCAUCUCCCUCAAUUCUGGGAUAUUCUAUUCUAUUGUUUCUAUAGGAGUUUGUUAAAUUAUUUUAUCUUUUAGUCCAAUGUUAUUUUUUUAUUCUAGACCAAAAAAGAAUUAUAUGUUUAAGAACAAAAGUCCCCUGGAAUUGGGCUAUUCUUUCCUCUAUUAGUUCAUGGUUCAUCCAUACUAAGUUAUUAGGAUCCUUCAUAUCCAUCAAAUUUUGUUCACUCAAGAACCAGUCUUCAGAGAAUUGUAAACUUGUUACUAAUAAUAUGCUCCAUACAGUAGAGUGGCAGGCUGCGUAUUGAUCAAAUAAGCAUGGAAAACAUACUAUGCAAAACAUUAUAUUAAUAUCCCACUGGAAUGAGAUUCUUCAGCAUAGUGCUCAUUCAAUUAGAUAAAAAUUACGAAGGCAAGACAGGAAACUGAAGCUAAAAAUAAAACCCUGCAUGGCAUAGAAUUGGGCAGUCGUAGCCACUGAAAAGACCCAUGGUUUGGGAUGCAAGCCGCCAUGUGGCUCUACAAUUCAGCCUAUUCUAGCUACAGGCAAAAAUUUUAGCUGGGUGUAUCAGCACAAAUAUGUGAAAGAAGAGCCAUCCUCCUGCCCCAGUCCUGUUGUGACUGUCAUGGGACAGGGAAGUCCUGAGAGGGGCAAUGGAAGUCCCAGAUUAAUUGGGCCCGGUUUGGCAUUUGGUCCUCAGUGGCAUGGUCAGUGUCGUAGGGGCAAACCCCCUGUGGCCCUCAGUCUGGGUGGGCAGUUGUAGCAAGUGGCUUGCUUUGGAGCGAUUGUGUUGCCUGGAGGGGGUCCUCUUGUAUCUCACCCCAGCAUUUCCAAUCUCCCCCAGUAGGAAGAAGGUGUGAUGCGGAACAGUCUUCCAGACUAGCCCAGAAAUGUUCAAAGAUAGUCUCCAGCAAUGUCAGGAGAUUGCUGUUAUGUGCAGGUAGCUCUAUACCUUUGUAGGCCAUGCUCCUUCAUGUAAGAUUGUUUGUGUCCACCAUGUCAAGCAUAUCAGGCCUUUCACAAUGUCUUCCCUCAGCGUAGCAUGUAGGGAUUCGGCGUUGUCAGCCGGCCUUGUCUUAUGGUUUUGUGUAGAUGAACACUCCACCGGGGACUGGGAUAUCCGCCACCAGUCCGGGGGAGGGGGUAAAGGGACUGUGAAUAGGCUUCAGCCAUUGGUGCACUACAGGUUGCGAAAUCAGCCGCUUCAGUUGCCGAGCACGGAAGGCCGCAGAUCCAAAAUGAGGUAAGUGCUUAUAAGACUACACUUCCGAGCAUCUUCAGUGUCAGGCCUCAGCCCAGGAAUUUUGUAGAUCAGUCUAAAAGUGAGCAGAGGAAUUUGUUCAUAGUGUCAGGCCCAGUGCUUCUGCUUCUUUGCUGGUAGUUCCAAUGGGGUGGGCAGUAGUGCUGUAUUCUAUAGUGUACAGGUAACAUUUACUCAUAGAAUAUAUUAUUCAACAGUGGCCUAUGAUUAAAUACUGCCAUAGGACUGGAUGCCAUUUUUAUCUCUCUCCAGUUCAACAUCUUGCCAAUAUGACAAUAUUUUUUUUUUUAAACUACUUUUUUAUAUUCAGUAUUUUUCAAAUUUGAACAACGUAGUAAACAAAAUGGAAAAACAGAGAACAAUAACAAAAAAAAAGAUAAACAAAUAUGUAGAGGGAGCUACCAUACGUCAAAACAUCACCUUGCAAAAGAGUAGACUAUAACUCCCACCCAGGAAGAAAAUGCCUCAAUUUGAUCAUGUUUUCUUAUACUAUAGAAUACAAAGUGACAAAUCUAACUUUAGUGGUGGUCCACCACAUAAAUCAUCUUAUGUCAGGACAUGAUCACACCCCAUUCAUAGGCAGAGGUGCAGCUCUAAUCUAUGUAGUGAUUAAGAACCACUGGGCUCCUUCUUUAGAAAAACUGAUAUUCUCACUUUUUUCAUUACAAAGGAGCUCAUAUUCCCAGAACCCUCUUGGGUUGGGAGGCCACCAGUGUCAUUAAUAGCUAAUCCUAGGUCUCGAGCCACAUUUUGAAGCAGUCAGCAUCAGGGAGAAUUGGGAGCCGCCUCUGUGCAUACCAAGGAUUACCUUCUUACCAAGGAUAAGCGUAUUUUCCGUCCUAAAAUGAAAAGAAUAUAUAAAAUAAGAGAGGGGUUUUGUUAAGAACUAACAUUCUGUUAGAGCAAUUAUUCAUCUCCAGGCAUUCAAUAUGGGGAAAUUGUUUAGACUUUCUUGGUGGGAGAUAAAGUCUGAGAUUGUUUGUUUAACAAAGUUAAAGAUUUUAAAGAUAAAAUAUUUGGGUUGCAUCCCAGUUAUGACAAGUGUUUCCUGAAAUAUUAAUCCUGUCUAAAGCUUUGCAUGCAAUAUAAUAUUUAGAUUAGACAAGUGAUAUUACCUGAAAUCCAUAAUAUUAUAGUAAUGUGUUAUAUGUGUAUACAUUUACAUAUAUACAUUUAAUCUUUUCCCCUCACCAGAAAUGUUGUUUUCCUAAUUAUCUUCAUCUUGUGUUUCAUCUCCUUUUGGUAACAGGAUCAAUAAUAAUUCACCCAAAAAAGGGUAAUAAAAAACAUUAAUUUCCCAUCAUGGAAAAUGGGUCAGAGCAGAAGAAGAAACAGCUCCAUGGCAUCAACCUAUUGGAUCAUAUAAACAGAAUGAGAGAAGCAUCAGAGAUGAUUGAUAUUGUACUAGUGGCUGAGGACCAGAGGUUUCCAUGCCACAAAGUGGUAUUGGCUUCCUUUAGUCCUUAUUUUAAAAUAAUGUUCACCUGUGGUUUGGUGGAAUGUAACCAGGGGGAGGUUGUCUUGCAUGAUGUAACCGCUUUAAGCAUUUCUAUUAUAUUGGAAUACAUGUACAGUGCAGAGCUCAGUAUCAACAAUCUUACAGUUCAAGGUGUUGCCACUGCGGCCUUUUUUAUGCAGAUAGACGAUGUUUUCCAUAUCUGCCAGAACUACAUGACAGACCAUAUGGAUUCAUCAAAUUGCAUAGGCAUCUAUUAUUUUGCCAAGCAGAUCAGUGCUGAAGAUCUAGAAGACAAGGCCAAAAAAUACUUGUAUCAACACUUCAGUGAAGUUGGCUUACAUGAGGAGAUAUUGGACAUUGAGUUUGAGCAGUUGAUGGGAAUGAUUAUGUCUGAUGACCUCAACGUGUCCCGAGAAGAAAGCAUUCUUGAAUUAGUUCUACGUUGGGUGAAUCAUGGAAAGGCUGCACGUUCUCAGCACCUUAUUGAUCUUCUGAAGCAAGUGAGAUUGAUGCUUGUGAAUCCCUCAUUCCUUCGAGAAACCAGAAAGAGGAACACUAUACUACUGUGUAAUUCACAGUGCUAUGACAUGUUUGAAGAAGCACUAGCAACCAUUGAAAAGUCCACGCAGGUCUCUCUAACUCUGCGUUAUGGCAUGGAGACAACAAGCCUUCUUCUUUGUCUAGGGAACAACUCUAUGGGUAUCAGGUCAAAAUAUGGAAGUUAUGCAGAGGCUAGUUUUUGCUUUGCUCCUGCAACAAGAAAAAUUUGUUUCAUUCCUUCACCCAAGCAAGGAGAGGUAUUGGGCACAGUGUUGGCUGGUGUCAUUACAAAUAACAAUGAUAUUAUCUUAGCUGGAGAAGCCAGUGCUGUCCGACAAGCAAGACAAAAGGUCAGAAUGGUUGAAAUCUGCAGGUAUGUUUGGAAUGCAAUAUUAUGAUUAUAUUUGCUACAGUUAUUUAGUUAUUUGCUUGAUGUAAAAACAAAAAACAAAAUACGAGGUACAUUUGAAAAAAGCUUUGUUAAAGAGACAUGCAUUUGUGUUUUUUCCAGAUGUAGGAAGCAGAGGCAGCUCUCUAAUUAGGCGGUUUAGGCAACUGUCUGGGGCCUCGCGGCUGCCUAAACCACCUUAGGGCAGACUGUGUCAGGUCCUCGGUCAGUGACUGAGGACCUGACACCAGGAGGGGGCCCAGUGACUUGCUGAAUAUGCCGCUGGGUGCGAGGCCUCUCCGUGCCAUCUGCCCGGGAGGAGAGCGCCAAUCGCAGACACCGGUCUGCAGCUCCACAGUGUGCAAAGCUGCAGACCAUGUGUCUCAUGAAUUCUGACCAAUCAGAGCAUUCCCGCGGGUUACCACGGCAAUGCUCUGACUUGAUCUCGCGAAAUACAUGGUCUGCAGCUCUGCACACUGUGGAGUUGCAGACAGGCACCCAUGGCCACAGGACCACCAGGGAGCCCACCGGACCACCAGGGAGAGAAACAAGGUAUUUAAUCAUCCCUCCCUCCCAGUAUUCCCCCCCCCCCAGCAUUAACCAUCUCCCCCCCAGUAUUAACCCUCUCCCUCCCAGUAUUCCCCCACCCCAGCAUUAACCCUCUUCCUCCCAGUAUCCCCCACCCCAGCAUUAACCUUCUCCCUCCCAGUAUCCCUCCCCCAGUAUUAACCUUCUCCCUCCCAGUAUCCCUCCCCCAGUAUUAACCUUCUCCCUCCCAGUAUCCCUCCUCCUAGCAUUAACCCUCUCCCUCACAGUAUUCCCCCCUCACAGUAUUACCCACCCUCACAAUAUUCCCACCUCCCAGUAUCAACCCCUCUCCCUCACAGUAUCACCCCCCCCUCCUCACAGUAUUACCCCUCUGUCCCUCACAGUAUAAACCCAUUGUCCUACAUACUAUCACCUGCUUAACGUAGGGUAUGAACUAUAGUGUUUAGUGAAUAGGAUUUAAAGGCCCAGUGCGAAAUGACAUGGGCUGAUGUUUCGGUAGACGGCUCAUUCACCUCACUGCCACAUUAAAGUGGGUCAUCAGUAUGAAAUAUAAUAAAGAAAAGGAGGGAGAGCAAUAUAUUAAACAACAACAAAAAAGUCAAAGGGUGUCAAAUUGGCAUCAUGAAGCAACAUUAAAAUUACGUUACGGAGUCCCAUCCUCUAGUGGGGACAAAAGGCAUCACGUUGCAAACAUCCCAAGUAUAGUCCCAAGGAUCUCAUGGGGUGGUACUGCAAGGCCGAGAGAUGCCAUAAACUUCACAGCCUCGUCUGAUGAUGCGGCUUUUUAGGUAUUUUCUGCCAUGUAAGCCAUGAGGGCAUUAGGAGUGGACCAACGAUAGUGGAUGUCCGCUUCCAGUGUCUCCAUUGCAAAGUGCAGCAGGUAAGAUCUUGAUAGAAGGAAAAAAUUGUACGAUUCAAAGUCCAGAGGUGUUUUAUCUCAAAUGAUUUUUAGCAGUUUUUGCUUGUUGGCAAAAGAUUGAAAAUGGACUAUAAUGUCUCUAGAGGAAUCACCUGGUGCUUGUGGCGACCCAGUAGAUUCCAUCUAUAGUGAUCUAUUUCACCAGCUUCAUUGGAAACAUUGAGGCCAUCAAUUUCCUCAGCAAAUGUGGGUGCUCUUCAGAAGUCACUGUCUCUGCCACCCCUCUUUUAAGAUUCUUCCUCUGGUGUCUGUCUUUGAGGGAAUCUGCUCUGAGGUUGGUAUUAGCGUUGGAGGACUGUAAGUUGUGCACAGUUGUCUCCAGAACUGUUUUUGGAUCAGGAACCUUAUCUUCAGUAGCCAGUAUAUGGUCUGUGACCACCUGAACUGCUUGGACCUCCACCCUCACCAGAGCAGUAUCAGCGUCAAUGAGCUUUCUGAUGCAUUUGUAGAGGUUGGUUAUGUCUUCCUUGUGGCAAGAGUGGAUAUUUGUAUCUCUAGGCCUAGUGGGAGGUAUGCUGACCUCAUCUUCUGAUGGGUCUAUAGAAGCCUCCCUCUCAGUGGGUUUUGUUACCUUCAUAUUUGGUGUACAUUUCAGCAUCUUGAUGAUGUCUCUCAUCUCUUGAGACAUAACCAACUGUUUUAGCUUCAGGAGGCCCAUCUCUAAGGGGUCCAGAUCCAUCUCAUAAGGCGGUGAGCAGAGACCCAAUUAGGUUCUAAUUAGGACCAAAAUACAGUUUCUGCAUGCUCCACCGGGAUCUGCAGCCUGUGCUGCCUAGAGCUCUGUCGGGUCUUACAGGCAGAUUUGGCAUGUGAGCGAUAUAGCACUUUCAGUGAUCAAUGUGGCUGGAUGCGAUUGAUAUUUGCCUAAUUAAAACUUGUGACACAGGUAUUUAUUUUAAAAUUCUUUAUUUUGUUGUGCGCAGGUUAACAGUACACGCUUGGCAAGCCUAGUUAUGACAGUAUGAUAAACGUUGGUAUGGCAGUUCAGAUAACAGCACACUUUUUUUUAACAACAUUCAGAAACAGGUUGGCUUAACGUAAGAAGAGUGUUCAUUAGCAUUAUCUUAUAGUUGAGCAGUAACAUCUCAGUUAGUUUGCACAAGCAGUGUUUCAGUGGGUACUCACAACAUAUCAGGAGUAUUGUAUACAUUUAAAAAUAGUUAAGGAAAUUUAAACUGAGAGUAAAUGUCGAAUAGCAGUCUUGCUACAUAAUUUACACUAGGCUCGUGUGUCAUGCAUUGUAGGUUCAAUCUAGCAUAUUAUAUACAAAAACACUUGUAGGAGCCUAAGCAUGUUCUAAAUUGAGGAGUAGUGUAGGAGUAGCAAACAGAUUAGGUAAGAGAGUAGUUAGUAUGCCACUGGGGACUUGUCAUUGAAAAUAGGGAGGCAGGGGUUUAUGCUAAGAGCUCAAAUACAGAUUAGCUGGUGUGGGUCACCCCUCUGCCCCCUCCCUCCACCGGCUUGGCUAAGCAUGAUAAGAAUAGGCGUCUAAACCCAGUGGUAAACCCAGCCAUAUCUGCUCUGCCUGUCUCAGGUCGGAGCACAGGCUCAUAUCUGGUAUUCUCUGAUCUAGCUCUAGCUGGAGUCGGCAUCAGAGUCCGUGGGUGUGUCCACCUAGGUGUCAAGCAGCGAUAUAAGGUUUCUUCUGCUCAAGGCUCUUGGCUUGGAUGAGUGGUUGCCGGAGCGUCUGUGCUGGGAUUCAGGUGGAUGCUGCUGAAAGUACUCUUUCAGCUGUAGUGCUUUCUUUACCGUGGAGCCCGUGAGUGGAGGUAGGGAUCCUUCCACAGCCUCAGUAGGGAUUCCGCCUCUAGGCUGGUCAUAGCGGGCGUUCUCGUGGAGGCUUAGGUGGCAGCCAUUUUAGCUCCAGAGUGCGGGAGACUGGGUGUGGAUUAAAUUGUAGCGUUCCCCUUCCUGCUGUCGUGGGCCCUCCAGUGGGGAACGGGAUAACCCCCACCGGUCCAAAAGGGGGGGGGGACCAGGACCACUUCAGAGAGCCGGUGUGUGAUAGCCGGGGGAGAAAGCAGGAUGGCGGCCGUCCACCCUGCUCCUUCCUCGAUUAGGCCGAAGACACCAAAGUAUUUUUUCGCCCUCCCGGGCUCCAAAAACUCCCAAUCUCGGGGUCUGCUGCAGCACCGACAGCCAUGUAGUGUUUUUGUCAUUAUUCCGGGCUCAGUUUAGCUCAGGAGCCACAUAUUUCAGCUUAUAGGGCUGAGUCCCUCAGGAGCCUCUCCUGCAUGCGACCGGUCAGCAUGGAGGCCCGGCCCCGCCCCCGACACAGGUAUUUUAAACUCACAGAUUUCACAGCAUUACUGCAAAGAUAGAUAUCUGAAAGAGAAAAAAAAGAAAACAAGGUUUAUUAGAUACUGAUGUAAAUGGGAUUGAUUUGCCACCUAACAUAUACAAGAACCAUUUAAACUUUAUAUAAACCUAGCAUACACUGAAAAUGAGUAUGUGGUUUUAUUUAGAUCUGAUAAUAGUGGAAGGGUGAUGUUUGAAUUCUGCGGCUGUUGAAGCAAAAGAAAGCCUUGUCAUAACCUCUGUAUUAUGACUGUCAUUAUCUGACACUUUUAGGCUUUUAUUCUUCCUAUAUUUUUGAACAAUCAAAAGCUAUACUUUAAGGAAAGAAAAUAUUAUUUUCCACUUAUCAAAACUCUCCAAAAUUCUGCACUACUUGCCUUCAGCAUAGAAUCAUUGUACCAUUGUACUUCGGGUAUUGUCUAUAGAUAGCAAACAGUGUUUCAUUUCUUAAAUUACACACCUAAAACAGGUCACGGAGUUCCAUCUCUUCUUCUUUUAAAUCUUUCGCUGUCUGUACUACAGCGACCUGUAUUUUAUCCUCUUUAUACUCUAUUCUUUUGUUCUAGAUGUUAUUGUACAUAAUAGGAUUUAGACCAAAACGUUAUCUAGAGGAGAGGCCAUGCUGCUAUGAAUGCUGUAGAAUGAAUAGACCUGUUCCUUGCUGGUCAUGUUAUAAAAUAUGUCAAUGUCUAACAAGCAUCUUAUUCACUAGGUAUCACAACAGGGGCAACUACUGCUGGGAGCGACUUUGUAGUGCGGAAUACAGAGAGCUCUAUGCACUGGGCAGUGUCCAUAAUGAGAUUUAUCUGAUAGGUGGUCAAAUGAAAUUGAAAAACCAGUACCUCGUCACCAAUUGCGUGGACAAGUACUCUAUAGAAAAUGACACUUGGAGAAGUGUUGCACCGCUGCCUCUGCCUCUGGCAUGCCACGCUGUAGUGACACUAAACAAUAAGCUGUAUGUCAUGGGAGGCUGGACUCCACAGGUUGGUGAAGAAAAAAACAAAACAAAAUAAUGUUACAAGUCGGAAUGUUUGACGUGCAUGGUUGGCCGCAAUAUUAUACGAUGUCAGCAAAACAAAAAAAAACGUCAUAUAGUCCUAAUUAAAAGAAAUUUCCUAAACAAAAACAACAACAAAAAAACAGGUAGGCUUAGCAUGACAGUCAGUUGAGCCACUCAUUUAACAUAGCUGUAAUACUAGUUCUUGAAUUAAAAGUUAAAAAUAAAUUUUAUGGCUAUGUCUACGAACAGACAUGGUAAGGUGAUUCUUAUAUCUACUCUGAACAAACUGUUACAUUCUAAUUACAACAUGUUCCUCACCUUUCAACUCUCUGAGGGUAAAUUAAUUUGCAUCAGUCUCCUCUUUGAUUUUAAAUAUAGUGGUUGCCAAUGUGUGACCUCUAGCUCUCAAAGUUACAAAUAAAUAAAUUUGUUCCACAAUAGCCAUUAGUAACCUUAUCACUCAUUCUAUAUAGGAUGAGUGAAACUGCAGCUGAGGGGUAAACGAUUUAUUCCAUAAAGCCCUACGAGGGCAGUCUCGUUUCACGUUUCUGAUUGGUGGAGCAUACAUGUAGUAGUCAGGGAGGGCAUGGUUAUCAGGGAAGUUUGUUACUGACACUUGUCUGUCAUGUAUAAAAGAAAUAUAGUCUAUAAUGUUACCAAUGUUCCUAGCUCCCUUCCCACUUCAGUAGCUAGAGAAAUAAACAUAAUGUCCCAGCAAACAUAAAAACAACAACAUAAACAGUAUUUAUGCAUUAAAGGUACACUAUAGGCACCCAGACUAGUUCAUCUCAUUGAAGUGGUCUUGGUGUAGUGUCCCUGUCCCCUUAGAGAAACUGCAGUGUUUACAUUGCAGGUUUAAGAUUGCCUCCAGUGUUUGUCUCCCAGACAGCCACUAGAGGAGCUACCUCGAUUCCAACACUGUGCAUGAAGACAGCCAGCGUCUUGAAAAUCCCUAUAGGAAAGCAUUGAGUCGGUGACUGGCCCUCGCCUUUGGUACCCCCAUCGCUGUAAUGCCAGAGGAGGUGGAGAUCAAUCAGGCAAGUAAAAACAAAAAAAGGGGUAGGUGGGGGCAGAGUAAUAUUAUAGUGUUAGGAAUACAGAUUUGUAUUGUGAUUGAACAUACUGGUCACCCAGCCCCUUUUUUGCACUGACCUACUUAUUUUAGAUAUUUGAACACGUAUCUCUAUUAAUGCAAUAAUGUAUUAACCUCUGCUAAAUCUGUUUUGCUGUGCUAAUGCAUUGAGCAUAUGAUGGGCUCAUUUCCUGAUGAUUGUGUCCCUUUAAUCAUUUUAUCAUUGUAUUACACAGUGAUACAUCGUAUAGGGCUAUGGAAUUUGCUGGCACUUUAUAAAUAAUAUAAUAAUAAUAAUAUGUUGGUAUUUCCUGUUUAAAAUAAACAUAUAAAACCUGAAAAAGGAAGUGGUACCCUAAUCUUUUCCUUUUAGGUAUGUUAUACCUUGACGUCAGCUUGAAAUAAGUCUCGGAGGAAAUAUCUAAGGCAGGGUUGUCGAAAACCACCUACCCAGAUGUUAACAGACAUUUGUAAUUCCCCAAAUUCUUUGAAUACAAUAGAGGGGUAGAUAAUUAUAGGAGUUGUAAUUCAACAUUUUCUACACAUAUCAUCUGAAUAAUUUAUUUUUAGACAGCUUAAAUAUUGCUAGGUUGUAAAACGUGAACGUGCAUUGACUGAAAUCUUUGUUUUGCAUGUUGUAAUCAAUGUUCUAGUUUUAAUACAUUUUUUAUUUUUCUAAAAUCAUACACAGACAGAUCGUCCUGAUGAUGAACCGGACCGUUUAAGUAAUCAAAUGCUGCAGUAUGAUCCUGUUCGAGAUAAAUGGACCCAGUUGGCACCUAUGAAAUAUUCAAAAUAUAGGUUCAGCGUGGCUGUUGUCAAUAGUGAAAUAUACGUUCUAGGUAAGUGCCAGAGACAUAGUUCUCCUCAGACCAAGGUUCCCUAAAAAGUCUGAUGACCCGUAAAGAAUCAGAGUCCUACCACUAAACAUGUAUUAAGAAUGUUUUUACUGGGCAACAGGGACUAAAACACAUUCAGGAAAUGAAUUGCUACCUUAAGAAAAUAAGAAUAAAACACAACAUCUGCAUUGAGAUAAAUAUUAUAAUAUAAACAAGUUUAUCCUCUGGGAUCCCCAAGGCUUGGCAAUAUUAAAACAUACAGGAAAAAAAGCCAGAGGCAACCAAACAAAACAUUUGGGUAUUACCGAAGAGAACUGUUUUGUCAGUGGAUAAUGUCUAUAUUAGACAUUGUGUACAUAGGAGGUAGGCAUUUUUUGAUCACAUAUUGAUUCUCUUUUUUUUUAUUUCCAAUUUAGUGAAUAAACCCUAGUGCUAGGAAGGACAUAAGGAAAUCACAGCAAAGGGCAUUAUUGGGAACGGGCAUAGCUCUUUUGACAUUCGAAUAGGUUAACGUUUAUAGAAAUUCAACCGUGUGUGGCUCUCUUGAAACCAUUUAUAGUUUGAAUCUGAUCUAGAACAGUAUGCUGCGCAGAGAUUGAGUGAGUAAAAUGCUCAAGAAUUUAGAACCUCCUGAGAACUGGGUUUGCUAAGCAGUAAAAGAUUUAAUGGACCUCCAGGGAACACAGUGUACCAGGAAUAGUUAAUAUACACUAGACCAUGAGUCGUCAACCUGGUCCUUACCGCCCACUAGUGGGCGUUUCAGGAUUCCAGGUGGGCGGUAGGGAUUUCCUCAUUUUGAGAUAUUGGGCGGGCAGGCGGGUGCCAGCCAGCGGUACCCCUGCGACCGGUUACCGUCAUAACCUUUUUCAAACCACAGGGGCCGCCACCCAAGGGGUCCAUCGAUGGAUGUGGAUUUUAUGGGGGCCUGGUCAGCGCUGGGCACUUUAACAGUGCGACCGGGCCCCCUGUGAUUACAUCACAGAGCUGGGAGGAAGUGACUGCACGUGACUCCUCCCAGCUAACACACAGACCGCACGGGAGGAAGCAGAGGGAGUCAGAGUGGGAACUCUGACUCCCAUCCACCUGAGCCACCAUUGGACCCCAGGGAAUGUCACCCUCCUGCACCUAAAAGGUAGGGAACAGGAGGGUGACUAAAAUAUUUUGUGUGUGUUUGUUUGUGUGUAUGUGUCUUUGUAUGUAUGUCUUGUGUGUGUGUCUUUGUAUGUAUGUGUGUGUCUUUGUAUGUAUGUCUUGUGUGUCUUUCUGUAUGUAUGUGUCUGUAUGUGUGUGUGUGUGUGUCUUUGUAUGUAUGUGUGUCUUAUGUAUGUGUCUUUGUAUGUAUGUGUGUGUCUUUGUAUGUAUGUCUUGUGUGUGUCUGUCUGUGGGGAAUUGAGGAGGGAGAGGAGGGGAUCUGACGAACAGAUGAGAAAUCAUAUUAUGCGCAAACAGAGAAGUCGUCUGAAUAUCACCGAAAGAGGAGACCUUUGUUUGUUCCUUACGAAAAUCGAGCCAGAUAAACUUGUGGGCGGUAAGGACUUUUUUCAAUCAAAAAAGAUGCAUUAGUGGGCGGUAGUUAGAAAAAGGUUGACUACCACUGCACUAGACAUUUAUUUUAGAGGAAAUUGUUGCAAUAGUUGUAGUGCCUUAAUCUGGUGCACAUAAAUAUACUCCUCUAAGAAGUGCAUAAGCAUUAAAAAUGUAAAACUGAAAAAUCAACAGUAACACAAGAUCUGAAAAAAUGAACUAGCAUGCGGGGGCGGAGCCUGACGGCCAGAGAUGCAGGUCGAACAUGGCUAAGGCACUGCAGCCUUAGCUUGAAAUACUGCUGUUUUACCCGUAAAUUCAUCCUAAUUUUCCCUAAUAUCCAACUAUAUAUUUCUAGGGGUUAUCUCCCCAGAGUGAACAAGAUGGGCUUUCUUGGUUCUGACGGAAGUUUACCGCUCUGGAUUGCCUUGUGGCCUGCAGGAAAUCCUGAGGCAGAGGAGGAGGAUGAUGCUCUGCCGAAGCUUGGUUUCAGUCUUACUUGGGCCCCCGCUUCCCCCAGACCAGUGGGGGGUUUCCUGGUCCACACUGGUGGGCUACUCAAAGUACUCUCAGGGACGCUCUCUGUCAUAUACGACAUGGAUGCUGGAGGGCUGUUUUAUUAAAUGGCCGAUAACAUGGGCAGUACCCUUUCACAUGCCUAUCAACAAUCACCAACAUGAGUGGACUCACUUCUACUGGCAUUUGACCAGCUGUGUUCCAGAUUCUGGGAUAGGCUGUCUACUCGGAAGGUGACUAUGUUACCUGAGAGUCCGAGGGUGCCAGUCCAGCCCGGUUCUCUGGGUGGCCAAGCUCCAGCGAAGAUCCUACAGAGUCGCCAAAGAGCACCAUGAGUAGUGAACAGCAAAGUGUGGAGGCUCAAGCUGACAUACAUUCUACCACUUCAGUCCGCUGCCGCACACUAGCACGCCGCCCAGAAGGGGGCCACAUCUGCAAUCGCAUUUAGCACCAUCUGAGAGUUCGUGCUUGGCAAGGCCUAUUGUGUGCAUUGAGGUGGUCUUGGUGCCCUGGUCCUGAAACUGGACACUGUCUGUCUGGAAGCAAGGGCCGGAACACAUCGGCGAUCGGAACUGGAGGAGUUCCACUUCGCAACAAGGUGGAAUCUUACAUGUAUGGGUCACUUGCCUUUCCUCCACGGCAUCAGCUGAGUGGGUCUGUGAUCUGUUCAGCAGAUUUUCCAAAGCUUUAUCUGUUCUGGUUUCUACUCUGUAGUAUUGAUAUCUAAGUGAUGUGCUGUGAUUACUAUUAAUACUGUUUAGCUGUUAUUUCCUAGUUGCAUUUUACUUCAUUUGUUCUUUGUAUGCCUAGUCUCACAGGCAGCAGGCUAAUGCCAUACUCUAGCACUGCAUGCCUGGAUAUAAGUCACACACUAUUCCUGAUAAUACUGUGAUUGUGACCUGAUUUUAUGUCAAGACACGGAGGCGAGUAUUGCAUAUCCCUUUCUUUACUGUCCACCAAUAGCAGCAAAGGAUACAAACAGUAAGAAAAAACAGUAACCAUAGAGAUAGGACACUCCCAUAUCCAGUCCCAGUAUAAUAGGCAGCACCUUCCCAUCCAAUUCCUCUUUCUUUGCUGCUACCAAACAGAUAAGUACAUGACUAAUUCAAAUCAUCUGCAACAAUUAACUCUGGCCACCCAGUGGUAUUUAAAUUCUAGAAUGUUAUCUACAAUUCUGUUCGAUAUUGUUUACUACUACUAAAUCCUUUGAAACUUUCCAAGGACACUUAAAAGGUAUUAAAAGAGUAUUUUUACUGCUUUAAUAUUCUCCUCUCAAAGAAAAAAAACUACUCAUUGUUCUUCCCUCAAAUACUAGUAUCCACUCUACUGUAGGUCAACUGCAACGGUAUCAACUCUAUCCCACAAAUUUGCUACCUUAGUGUUUUGUUUGAUUCCAUCCUCCCCUUCACUCCUCACAUUCAGUCAAUCACCAAAUCCUGUCACAUCUAAAUUAAAAACACAGCUCGCAUCUGCCCCUACCUAACAUCAGAUGCAGCUAAAGUGCUUUUGUCCAUGACAUAAUCUUCUUCUGUCACUACAAGUGCAACCUGCAUCUUUUUGGUCUUACACAUUCCGAUCUCACCCCAUUACAAUCCAGGUUCAUCUUCUUGUCCUCUCAAACCUCCCACGUCACCCUCUUCUGUCAGUCCUAAUACUGCCUUCAAAUAAUAUUAAAAUUUACAAUCCUCCUUUUUACUUACAAAUCACCUUAUAACACUGCUCCUAUCAUCACUAAUAUAUAGGCAUCAACUAGGCUCCUCCGUUCUGCAAAAGAUCUGUGCCCGUGAUCUAAUAAUUCGUCUUUAGAGCUGCACCAUUCCUUUGGAUAUUUUGUGUCUCUCAAUCUGAAAGGACAUGUUUUGAGGAGUGAUAUGUUCAUCUUUCUUUGUCCUUUUUCUUGGGUAUUUCUUUUCGUUUUGGCUGCAGCUCCGAAACAUGCAAAAUGUUUCCCUCAAUUACCUCAGUAUACCUUGUGAUAAGGAUUGUCUAUAGAAACAUCUCAAAACACAGUGACUUAUAAAAUAUAAUAUCUCGACAGAGUGUAAAAAACUACUGAAAACAGCAGAAACUGACUGAAAAUAUAGAAAGUUACUUUAUUUUCAUUACAUGUAUUUUUUUCUGGACCAUUUAAUUCUGUUCCAGGCAAUAUGUUGUCCUCUCUUUUGAUACUUUUUUUUCAUAAUUGGUGAUAGUUAUCCCUCUAUUCUUUCCCACAGAGAAUUAAGAUUGCAUGAAAAUAGCAGGUAAGUUAAUGUUCAGUCUUCAAAGUUAUCUACACCACUUCCCAUUAACUCUGUGCUCAUAUCAUGCAUGACUUAAGCUGCAAGACAAAGGCGAGCAACAACCGACGCUCUUCCAGACGAGGCCCCUAAUGGACCUGAAUUUAACAUGAGGCUGCACUUGUAGAAGGGAUAAAUACAGGAUAUAUAUUUUACCAGAAUGACAUAGGGGAUGGGAAACCCUGAGGCCUUAAAACUGAGGUUUCUCUUGGUGAAGGAUUAUGGGAUUGAGCUACAGUAAAAGCCUACAGCCAUGCAGAGUCUCUGCAUUAACAAGGUUCCGUUAUACUUGUGGUAUUACAGUUACGUCUCUAGGUGCCUCUCGCAGGCCGGAUGUAGGGAUAUUCCAACUUAAAAUAACUGCCAUGUUUCAGACUUUGUCUUUAUUAACUUAUCCACACAAGCACUUUACUACCAACAGUUUGUAAAACCUUAAAUAAUGUAUGCAGGUAUACAUAAAUCACGCACGAGCCCAGCUUGUUUUUUUAAAGAAACACGCUAACACUUUUUAAAUUUAGUUGCGUUACUUGUUUUUAGAUUACUGAGCCCUUAUUUUUGUAAAAUCCAUUAAAAUUACAACCAUUCAUUAAACUUACCUUUACUGCCGUGCACAGAUUCCUCACUUUCAACCAACCCUGAUCCAGUAAAGUCAUCAAGCGUGAUUAUCUGUGGCCAAUCAAAUACAUCUAUUCCACCCCAAUCUCUUCAUUAAGGUGAAAUGAUUUUGGUGCUUAGACUGUACGUUUAAACGAUGAUUAUUGUCAUAUUCUAGGCAAGUUAUUCUUGUCAUUCUUGACUGGGACUGAACAUUUUUAAUGGAUUUCCAUUAAUUGUAACUUGUUCUGACAUUGUAUAUCAUGCCCCUGCUAACUGUUGGACACAGUAUCUGUAUGGGAUACAGUAUCUGAACCCUUUUCCCAUUGUAAUGGAGACCCUUCUGACCUCAAGAGUUGUCCAAUGAAGGCGAUCUGCAGAAUCCAUUCAGUAUUCCUUACAUUACAAUAAAAGAAUGGGUACAUUUUAACAGCAACAGCAGGAAAAAACAAAACCAAAUUAGAAAUGGAAAAAUGCAUUGCCCAGCAUAUUUUUCACUUUUUUGUUUUUCCUCCUCUUUGUACGUUAUAUGUUUAUUUUUUUCAAUAAAUUCUUGUUGAUUUUUAAAAAUGUUGUCCAUUCUGCAAUAACCAAAACGUUCGAUGUAAAUGUAAGUCUAUGUGCGUAUCACCUGGUAAAAUCCUUGUGAGGCUCAGUAGACAAAAAAUGUUCAAGUUUGGAGAGGACACUACAAUUCUAGUUUAAACUUACCAUAGAAGGCGUUAGUUGAUAGUACAAGUAUCUCUUGUUUUCUGUUUGUCCCAUCAAAAGUAGUUUAAAAAAAAUUUUUUGCGGGGGAAGAAAACAAUAUAUAUGUUUCUCAGCAGGAGACUAAUUUUAAUUAGUUGGAGAGGAGGAAUUAUCAAGAGGCAAAAACAAGGAUUCUUUGAUCCAUAUAGCUUUGUCUAAUCGGAUUUCUCUAUCAAUACUUGCCAUUCAUUUUGUACUUAGCAUAAAACUGGAUUAGGGAAUUUAAAAAAAGGGGGUCUUAUGUAGACAGCACAAUUACAUCUCAUCUACAUUUAACCAUUAUAUCCUAAAUUCUUUCUUUCUGACAUUUUAUUCUAGCAAAAUCCGUUUCAUUUUUCUCCUUUCUUUUGCAUUUUUGUCCCUUGGAAAUAUUUAGGGGCCUCUGCUCUGAAUGACUGUUCUAAGGCGCUCUUUAUUUUAAGCUUUUCAUUAAAAUGCUUGUCCUGAAAUACAGACUUUGUUUUUGGGGCCUGUCCAAGACUCUGUGAAUUGGCUCUCUCAUUAACCAGACAAUGCCAUUAUUUUUAGUGCUACCCUGAGAUAGAAUUACUGGCAUGGGAAAUGAUGCGGUGCUAGGGAAGGAGGCAGCGGGUAUUUCAGAGACAAGUUGAGCUAAUGAACGUGUAGGUUUAGCAAUAACCAGUUGUUGAGCUUUACAUCCAUCCAUGGUCAGUAACCUCAUGAUGUCUUUCACAUUCUAGAAAUAAUAAAGUCUAAAUAUGUUCCAGUCCUGGUAUUUACAGAUAGAAAUAAUGUUAUUACCAUAUCUUGUAGCUUCAAGAUUGGUAAAGGAAUACUAACAGAUUGUCUCCUUUUUGCAUGGUGCAUUUCAUAACUCACCAUGAGUGCUUGCUCAUGGCAAAAGUGAAGGCGUCUCGUAGAGAAACAUUGCCAGUAAAUCCUUGUUCUCGGAAGGUUACCUUUGCCACACAGAUCCUGCAUUACACAAAUUAACCAGAUUUUCAAUCCUUCCAGUAGUCAAUCACUGUCUUCUUAUAAUUUGCCUCCUUCCCCCUUAGUAUGGUUUGAAAUACCAUACAGAUAAUAACAGGACAGUGAUUAGCUACAUGGAUAGAGUCAAUUUAGGAUCUCAGUUCGCACUGAUCUCUUACUGAUCUUACUUUUCAAUCAGGAAAACAUUUGUAAAAAUGGGAGAGGUGGUAAGCGGUUGGGGCCUGUUGCAGUAAUUUGCAAAACUUUAUUUUUCUUUUUUUUUCAGCACACCUGUUAUGGCACUGCCGUGUACUCACCCACUCCUGGGCGCCCGUGGUGUACUCGUGGUGGAGCCACUGAGCUCGCCGCUCUCCAAGCCUCCUCUCCCGGGUCUGCGGCGGUUCCCUCUCUCUCUCUUGCUGUCGAUGUCCGCGGCAAGUGAGCCAUCGUGAAAAGAUGGCGGCCGCCACGUGAACUCUACGUUCUGGACAAGGAGGGGGAGGAGAGCUGCGGAUCUGGUCAGAGACUGUAAUGUAAGCCAAGAUGGCGCUGAGUCCCUGACCUCCUUUUAUAGACCAUGCUUACUCCGCCUGAUGCAGGGAGGUGGCUGAUCACAUGACACUGUCUCCCUAGUUAAACCUUGCAUGCCUCCCAGUCAGUGCUUGGUAUAUUCCUUACUCCUUUAUCCUAGCCUAUUGACCUGAUUCCCUGUUUGCCUUCCUGGUUCCUGAUCCUUGGACUCCUGGUCGACUACUCUUGCCUGCUGCCUGACUCCGGAUUGUCUAACUACGUCUUCUGAUUUACCCCUUCUUGGAUACUUCACUUAGCUUCUUCCCAAUAAAGGCCUCCGUGCCACCAUAGACCUUUCAGGACCCUGUAACCACUUCCAGAUUGUAAGGGAGUGCUAUUCUGCUGCAAUUGGGUUCUGUCACCAUUGCAAUAACCUAGGUGGGUGUGACAAAACCAAAGAGAUUUGAACAAGGACAAAAUAGUUCCUUUAAACUGAAUACUAGAGUUAAGCAAACCCGGACUGUAAAGUUCGGGUUCGUACCGAACAUUAAGUUUUUGGGACCCCGGACCCUAACAAGGACAUAUCACUGUAUGUUCGGGUUGGAGUUCAGUGUCCAGCGAUUUAAUGACAUGUUUUGAACAAUAAGGGGGGGGGACCUACUGUCCUCCCCCCCUCCCACCCCCGCCCCUGAGCGGCGGGUGGGGGCCCAUAAAUAAAAAUUGGGGGGGGGGACCUGCAAGGUGGGUAAGGGCCCUAAAUAACAAUAAGGGGGGACCUACUGUCCUCCCCCUCAGACCCCCACCCCUAAGCGGCGGGUGGGGGCCCUAAAUAAAAAUGUAACCCCCCCAGGUGACUAGGGGUCCCCAAGCCCCUAGUCACCCCUCUCCCCCCAAAAAAAUAACCCCUACCUACCCCCCUCAUCCUAAAAAUAAUGAGAGGGGGUGGGGCCCUUAUCUAAAUACCUGUAAAAAACAAUAGAAAAAAAUAAUCAAUUUUCACCCAUGGAGGGCAGACUUAUAAAGCCUUGCCCCGCCCUGCAAUUAGGCUCAGAGCACCCUGAUUGGUGGGUUUAAGCCAUCCAAUCAGAGUGCUCUGACAGGUAAAUGAAGAGACUGACAGGUAAGUCUCUACAUUUACCUGUCACAGCACUCUGAUUGGUUGGCUUGAAAUCCACCAAUCAGAGUUCUCUGUGUCAUUUUACACAGCGUGGGAAAGUUCUUUGGAAUUUUCCCACGCUGUGUAAUUUGACUCAUAACACCCUGAUUGGUUACUUAAUCCACCAAUCAGAGUGCUCUGUGUCAUUUUACACAGCGUGGGAAAAUUCCAGAGAACUUCAUGGGUGAAAAUGGAUAUAUAUUUUUUGCACUCGUUUUUUUUUUAAGUGCGUAGGUUAUUAUGGAUUUUUAUUUGGCCUUUUUUGGGGCUGAAAAAAGAAGAGUUUAGAAGACAGAAGACAUCAAAUGGUAAGUCUUUUUUUUUUUUUUACAGGUAUUUAGAUAAGGGUCCCCCCUCAUUAUUUUUAGGAUGAGGGGGGUAGGGGUUAUUUUUUUGGGGGGGAGAGGGGGGAGAGGGGUGACUAGGGGUUUGGGGACCCCUAGUCACCUGGAGGGUUACAUUUUUAUUUAAGGUCCCCACCCGACAGUAGGUCCCCCCUCCACAUUCUUAUUUAGGCCCCCCACCCAUCGCACAGGGAUGGGGGCAAUAGGUUGUUUUUUUUUACAGUGAGCAGCCACUGGCUGCUCACUGUUUACUAGACAUGCCCCUAAUCGCAGUAUAGCGAGUAGGGGCUGAAUUUACUAAUACUAAGUACUCUUUACUUAGUAUUAGUAAAUUUGGAUGAAAGACCAAUUUAGGUCUUUCAGCCUUUUGGUAGAUAGCUCCCUAAUACCGUUGGAAUUAGGGAGUUAUCUACUAAGUGGCUGCUUAUUGUAUGUAUUUUAUGUUAUUUUAAGUGAUUUCCCUAUCCACAUUUGUUUGCAGAGCACUUGUCCUACUCUUACCCCCAUUUUACUUUCCAGGACUUUUUUACAGGCAUUUUUGUGCCCAAAAGUUCAGGUCCCCAUUGACUUCAAUGGGGUUCAGGGUCAAGUUCGAUACCGAACCCGGACUUUUUUUCAAAGUUUGGCCGGACCGGACCAUCCAGGUGUCCUCUCAACUCUACUGAAUACCCAAACAGAACACCAAUAACUGCAGGAGUAUCAACUAGAAUUCUAAAAUUAGAUGCCAAAUAAAACAUUCAACUUCCAGUAGGAAUGUAAGCAGGACUCAGUACAAAAUGUCAUAGCUGUGUUAUGUCCCUUUGUGAGAGAGUUUCAUUUAGCUCAAAGGUAGAUAUGCUUUCUAACACUCUCCAGCAGUGUGAAUAUAUGUUUAGAUAAAGUUGUCUGUAAUUCCAAAAAUACAUACUGUUAAUAGGUACGACCAACAUCCUGUUACAUUACUGAUUUCAAUUUACAGUAUAGAAAGGUUUGAAAAAUUAUUAGGAAAUACUUGCCAGUUCUAUUUAGCAAUGAUAGAAUGUACAUAUUGCCCUUUCUGGGAUACAUAAAGUGGCCAGACAAGCUCCUUAUUUGUCUCAGCAAAAAAGCUCACUUGGCUUCGCUAUGCUCUGUGGUAAAACUCGGCAAUGUGUUUAGUUGUUCAGUGACCAACGAAAAUGAUCGAAUUAGGCAAUAUAUCAAUUGUAGCAACUCCUUUGGGAUUUAUUUAUUAACUUGCCAGAUUUGUUUUAUUCAAUAUGUUGCCAAACUACAAGACUUAGAGUCAUUGAGCAUGAAAUGGCGUUAAUUCUCCAAUAGCAUGCACUUUUCUCCAUGCAAUAAUUUAGAUGCCUCUAGACAUUCAGUACAGGACUAUACUACCAUCCUCAUGGUUGUUGACAGAUUUUCCAAAACGGUGCAAUUUUACCAUUCCCCACGGUGCCAUCUGAUGUCGAGCUUGCCAAGGUGUUUGUGAAAUAGAUGGUUUGGCUCCACGAGCUGCCCCGUGAAACUGUUUCCGACAGUAGGAGCCAGUUUAUCUCUUGGAUUUGGAGGAGCUUUUGUGAUGAGAUGGGCAUCAGGCUCUUAUUUUCCUCUGUCUAUCAUCUCCAGACCAAUGGUGCUGCUGAGAGGUCUAACCAGUCUCCAUAUCAGUACCUCUGUUGUUUUGUCUCUGAAAACCAGGACAACUGGUCAGAAUUGAUGUCCUGGGCAGAGUUUGCCAGAAAUAAUGCUAAUUAUGAUGCCUCCAGGCACAGUCCUUUCUUGGUAAAUCACAUGUUUCACCCUACAGUUCUUCCUAUGGGAGGAUCUGUGUCUGGAAUCCCCACAUUGGAUGGCAACCUGGCUGAACUCCGGUUCCUUUGGGUGCGAGUUAAGGAUAUCUUGGGCUGUUCGCUACUGCUCCAAAAGAGACACACUGACCAUAGGCGCAGGUCAGCUCCUUUGUUCCAGGUUGGAGACAAUCUAGUUGUCCACUCUGAGCAUUAAGCUCUGUUUUGUCACUCCCAAACUGGCUCCCAAAUUUACUGUCCCCAACCAUCCAUCACGAUGGUCAACCCAGUGACCUAUACCCUAGCUCUGCCUUAGAACCUCAAGAUUCCCAAUAUCUUUUAAUGUUCUGCCUCUCAAACCCUUGGUGUGCAAUAAAUUCACUCCACUUCUUGUCUAUGAUCAUGAAGCAUACGAAGUUCAGGAGUCUGUCGACUGAGGCAGGUUACAAUACCUUAUUGAUUGGAAGGGGUAUGGUCCAGAGGAGAGAUCUUGGACCCAGUGGGUCUUCCUUAGGGGAGGGGGGAUUAAUAUCAGUUAACAUACCCCUGGUUCUCACUUCCUGAUGAUCAUAGACAAGCACACUGCUUGUUGUGCCACUCUGGAACCUGUGUAAACAGACGCUUAUCUGUUUUAUUCUGACCCACCUGAUACUUUCUGAUUACUUGGCUUUGAAGAACAUAUUUUUGCAAGCAAGAGCCAAUCAGGUUCAGGACCUCCCUAUUCAAGGAGAGCUAUCUGGGUCCAAAAGACCCUUUCGUGGUUCCUGUAUCGUUAGUGUUAUUUUGACAUGGUUUACCUGACUAUAUUCUGCUCUAUUGCCCUUGUAAACCAGACCUAGCCUGUAUGCCUUCAGCCUGAUUUUGUGUAUCAGUACCUGGCCUGUCUGACUUCCUGUUCCGCAUACCAGUCCCUGGUUUGUUCUAGACAUUGUUUUUCUCAUGCUCCUGAUACUUGCUUUGCUUGUGUUUGGUAUUGUGUGUUUUAUUGUUUGUUCCUCUCCUGCUUUAUGUUAAACUGACCUUGUUGGGUAAAACACCUCUUCUUGCUGAGUAUCCUCUAGCCAACCCAGAUAACUACUUAGUCAAAUUUUUUAUUUAUAUGUUACUAACCGAUUACAUUUAUCUCUACAGACAAGUCUUUUUCUCAUGCUGAUUUGCUUUUAUUUAUUUGUAUCCAUUUUUCAUUAUUAUAUUAUACUGGUUUUCUUAUUUGACUUCUGCAUUUCUUUCUUAAGGUUAUAAUUGCUUUUCAUUGAGUUAUUUUUGUUUAUCGUUGUCUGAAAUGUUAAAUGUCGCUGUAUUCUACUCACUUGACUUGUUCAUGGAGGCAUAUGUCUCCUCCUCAAUUAAUUGACCAUUGGUUUUAAUGUUUAAAUAUCCCAGCACUUAUCAGCAUAUUAUGCCUAACAUUAAGUGCUAUGUUGCACGAUACACGUUAGGUGACUUCCUUGGCGAUGUGCUUUUUUUCCUGAUUUAUCCUUUUUUUUUUUUUUUAAAUAAAGGUUGAUAUAAUACUAUCUGUAGAUUUUGGGAUUUUUGAUGCAGUCUUCAUAGACUCCAAAAUCUUUUAUUUUUGUGUUUAUUUGAGAGAGUUCAAUUAUCCAAGAUUAUAGUUAUGUGAAUGUAAUGUUAAUUUAAAGCUAAUAAUUAUUUACAAUUUUAAGGCAGUUCCCAUCUUAGCAAACUCUAAAAUCUAUCUCCUGUCCAUUCUGAUAUGUGUGCAAGUGCAGGGAGGUUAGAAUUUGGCAAUAUACUGAUAACAUGUUGUUAGCUGCUUUAAAAGACAGAGUAUGAAAACUGAGAGAGAGAGAGAGAGAGUGUGUGAAAGGACUCUUGUGCAGUACGGGAAACAAGUCUUUUGAUGCAUUUAGAGGAGAUGGUUGGAGAAAAACAAGUCAUUGACUGGAUUAUUCAGAACUGUAUGCUCAGAGGAAUGUUAUUUCCCUCGUAAACAUAAAAUGGCCCCUGGUGCUUCAGACAGAGAUACGAAGGGCCCACAGGGACAGUUAGUUUCAGGGAUCUACUGUUGUUUUGCAAGAAAAUCCAGAAAAAAACAUAUUCAUACAUUAAUGCAUAUUACAAUAUAUAAUAUCCAGUUUGUGUGAGAUAUUUGUGGAGGAAAGAAAUGAGACAGGGAAUGAAACAACCUACAUUUGCCAUUUGGCUUUCAUCUGUUGUGAACCUGUUCUGUGUAGAUAAUACACCCAGGAAAAAAAAAAAAAAAAAUUUCCCUUCCCAAACAUGUCAAUCAUGCCUCAUGGGAGUUGGUUCAAACUGAAGAAUUUUUACACGGAGUGCUGAGAUUUAAACCCCAAAUUAUAUGCUCUAAACAAUGGAGAAAGUGCCAUAAUUCCUAAAAUGCAGCAUAAUCAAAAAAUGCUAUAGAUCUGAGGGGACUUGUCUUGCACUUUUAAACUGUUUAGCAUUGGCAGUAGCGUCACGCCAUCUUGCUCUGGGAUAGUUUUGGCCCAUUUGGGUCCUUGUCAAGCUGAAGGAUGUGGUGUUGCCAGGUCACCUUUGCCGUAAUUGUAAGCUUAGACUACUUUUGGGGAAUUAGAAUUUUAUCUUAUGUUAAAUUGGUAACCGGAGGUGGAAAUUCUUAUUGAUGAUCCCAUCAUAUCAUAUAGUGACUCUCUGUGAACUCUUUCCACACUAUAUUAUUUGCUGUGUCAGAAUGCCAGGUGGGAAAAUAAACAGAUUUCUUGUGAAACAAAGUGAAGUAAAGGGAUAGACUUUCAUAUGGCAAGCUGGAGUCUGUCGUAGAACAGCAGUAUACAAAAGUGCAGAAAUGAGGUACAAAAGGGUAUGCAGUAGGUUAUGCUCUAAACUUUUGCAGCCAUAUAAUUUCUGCUUUUAAUCUCUCCCAUUUUUAAUUUUUUUAAAUUCUUUAUUUAUCAGUUCACGUAUAUAGAGCUAUGUACUUUUUCGAAAGACAAUCAAUGGGUAUAACAUACACUAUUGUGCCGCAAGUGUGGAGGUUCUGAGAGUUCCACAUAGGAUAACACACAAGUCCUUAUGGUAUAUAAACAUUUGUGUCACAGUAGUGGAGUUGAUAAUAGGUGAGCAGAGUUAGCAUGCAUGUGCAGUUUGUGCACAGAAUGGUGUGAUUUGUCAUCUUGCCCAUGCAAUUGAGUACAUUUAGUCCUGUUGUAGAACAGUUUGAGGGGAACCUUAAAGAUUCCUCAUUGCUCACUAGUGGUAGUGUGCCUCAAUAACUCCAUCUAUCUCUCCCAUUUUUAGUACUGAUGUCUCGGCGGACAUUUUGAAAAAGUGUUUAUAUGGAUCAAUUAUUGUAUUAAUUUUUAGGGAUGUGCAUGGGGAAAAUAUUUGGUUUGGUUUGGUACUUCUGAAAUUUGGCACUUCGGCACUUCUGAAAUUCGGGACUUCGGCAAUUUGGCACUUUGGGACUUCGGCAAUUCUGGACUUCGGCAAUUCGGAACAUUGGCAAUUCCCUAACCCUACCCCUAAACUAUCCCCUAACCCUACACCUACACUAACCCCCAACUCUAACCCUACCGGCGUUGGGGUUAGAUUAGGGGUAAGGGUAGGGUUAGGGUUAGAUUCCUGUCAUCAUUCCCUUAAUUUCCCCUCCCUCUCCUGUUUUGCCACUUUUCAGAAAUCCAAAGCACUUCAGCACUGCCGAAAUUCGGCACUUCUGCAAUUCGGUUUGGUUCGGUACUUCCAAAAUUCGGCACUUCUGCAAUUUGGGAUUUCGGGACUUUGGCAAUUCGGUUCGGCACUUCCAAAAUUCGGCAAUUCGGACUUUCGGAAGCAUUCGAAUGUCCGAAUUGCUGAAAUUUGUGCGAAUUUAGAUUCAGACCGAAAUUAAUUGCACAUAUCUAUUAAUUUUAACACAUUGUGUCUUGUAAAAUUGUAUUUUGCCCAGUGUAACCAUUCUAAUUAUUUAUAUUUUAAUAAAAAUAUACAAUGAUUAUAUUGAUUUAAAAAUGCUCCUUACUCAAUUAUGGGAAAUUUGACUUGGGAUAUGCUGGAGAUUCUAUAACAGGUCUUGUUCUUUAUAGGUGGAAUUGGCUGUGUUGGUCCAGACAGAGGACAAUCCCGAAUUUGCCUUGAUGCUGUUGAGAUAUACAGUACUGAUGGCGAUUUUUGGAGGGAAGGUCCUGUGAUGCCCAUUCCACUACUCUCACUUAGGACAAACUCAAGCUGUGCUGGAGCAGUGGAUGGGCGAUUGUAUGUCUGUGGGGGAUUUCGUGGAGCAGGUAGGAUAUAACAACUAUUAACCUUUCUAAUUUACAUUUGUUCAUUACUAGUACCUAUUACCACUGUACAUGAAGAGCAGUCUGUCAUAACCCCCGGAUUAAGGUCCACAACUGGGCCUCUGUGCUAUUAUCAGCAGGGUUCUCAAAAGAGUUACUGAAAGCGGGUACCCGAUUUCAAGAGUGAAAAUCUAACAGACCUCAUUCAACUGUGUACAGUUAAUAGAUUAGUACAUCUUUUCCAUGUUUGAAUACGCUUCUUAACCUGGAAAGAGUCUACGAAAUGUAUUUAUUUUAGAAUGCAUAUUACAAUUAAAGAAUGGAAAGGGGGUCACUGAAUUACAGAGCCAAUGUCAUGGGUAUCAUUUGGGUAUUUGUGAAAAUUCCAAACAAUUCACAGUUUAGUGAUUACCCCUAAGAUUCUUCAAGAAGGAUAUAUUGGGAUUUUUGUUGGGUUUUUAACAAAAAAUAAAUAAAUUUAAGAAUGCGCAUAAUUUAUACUGGUAUAAACAGUUUACUAAUAUAAGAGCAACCAUCAUCAUUAUGUAUUUUUAACAAAGAAAGAGGGCUAUAAAUUGGGUGGUUUAAAAAAAAAAUAUGAAAAAGCAAAAUCUAAUAAAUUAUGCUAAUCUACAUUCAUAUUAUCCAUGGGACACACAGCGAGAAAAACACCAGGGGCAACAAACACCAGCACAUUAAAGAGUUACUCCAAGCACAAUGACAACUUUAGUGAAUUGAAGUGAUCAUGGUACCUGGAGUUUGAAUGAGCAGCGUUUCAGUAGCAAACUGGUAGCGUUUCAGUAGCAAACUGGUAGCGUUUCAGUAGCAAACAUUAGUUGACUGGUAGCGUCAUUGGAACUCAUUAGCAAUCCUAGAACAAGAUAGUAUUAAUUCUGUGCAAUAUUGGUGUCUGACGCAAGCACAUUCAGCUUGCUGAUGCCCUAAUGCCAAGGGUGGUACCCCCCAAUAUAAACACUGUUUUUUGGUUGGAGUCCCCUAGUAAUUGUCUAAGGUCAUGACUGAAACUGGGCCAUGGAGUUCCGCUCGGAACAGGAGUUUCUGUUUCCUGUACCCGGUCGGACUGACAGGAAGGUGCACACUGAGCGUGCACCUUCCUAUCACUCCGGCCGGCCACCGCGGACAGCAGAGCGGCUCGGCCACGCUACAGGGGAGGGGUAAGAAGGGGGUGAAUAGAGGGGGAGGGUAAGAAGAGGGAGGGGGAGUGGGGAAUAAGAGAGGGAGGGGAGUAAAGGGAGGGGGUAAGAAGAGAAAGAGGGAGUAAGAAAGGGGGAGGUAAGAAGAGGGGGGUAAAAAGAAAGGGGAGGGUAAGAGGGGAGGGAAGUAAGAAAGAGGGAAGGGAGUAAGAAAGGGGGGAGUAAGGGGGUAAGAAGGGGAAGUAAGAAGAGGGGGAGGGGGGAGUAAGAAAGGGGGGUAAGAAGAGGGGGAGUAAGAAGGGGUAAGAGGGGGAAGGGGAAAAGAAGUUCUUUAUUUGAAAUUUAAAGGACCACUCUAGGCACCCAGACCACUUCAUCUUUAUGAAGUGGUCUGGGUGCCAGGUCCCUCUAGGAUUAACCCUUUUUUUUAUAAACAUAGCAGUUUCAGACAUGAUUGUUUGGUUACCGAAUCUUUGGCCUGUCCCAUUUUUCCUGCUUUCUCUGAACCUUGACCUCGGCUUGUCUUAUCGAGUAUUCUGUCUCUCUGGUUCCCUCUGACUUUGGCUUGUACUCUGACUUCUCUCUGUGUGCACAGCCCGGCCACUCUAAGGAGCAGUACUGCACUUCCUGUGUCUGUGUUCUGUCAGCGUGUGUGGUUCCGGAGUUCGUGACAAUUAGAAAAUGGUUUGACUACUUACAAUGGGGAUAGAACCAAGGUGUAGCAUCAGAACUACUACAGCACCCUGUGUUGAUCAAAUUAGCUGGCAUUUUCCUCUUAAUGGCAUCUCAAAGUUCCUGUUGGUGGUUGCAACUGUGUUGAGGGUGUCCAUCAUCAAAAGGGGACUUAGGGUAGCGCAGAUGCCAGAGUGUGGGUAACCCCAAAAACAGAAUCCAAAGAAUUUAAAAUAUCAUGCAAAAAUGUCAAUUUCUGUUAGUAGAUUACUCGGGAAAUAGGUUGGCACACUCUGAAACUGAUGCAGGAAAUCUGAAGGUCCAUUGGUGGACACAAGGCUCUGGUUGAAUGGAUCUUGGUAAACAUGUCAUUCAGGUGGCAGUGAAGUUAUUCAAUAGCAAUUCUUCAUACCGUAGUACAGGGGCAUAACUAGAAACCUCAGGCAAUACAGUGGAGGUGGCCAAUAGAUAGAUAGAUAGAUAGAUACUCAGCUGCCGUACAAACCCCUUGAUAUUUGGCCAGCUGUGGAUCUAUUCACUUAUCCUUGCAGGGUUCUAUCUGUAUGCAGUAUCUGUAAAUGUAGUUUUUGUAUGGAGUAUAAUUUUUGUGAAUGUAUGUUCUUUUGUGUAUAACGAGGAUUUUUGAAUGCAUGGGGUUUGUUUGUGUGUGGUAUUGGUGUUUGAAUGCAAGGAUGUUUGUUAUGUAGUGUUAGUGUAUGAAUGCAGUUGUAUGUUUGUCUGUAAUGUUGACAUGUGAAUGCAGGGGUGUGUUUCUGUGUAGUAUUAGUGUUUGAACGCAGGGUGUAUUUGUGUGUAAUAUUGGUGAUUGUAUGCAAAUAUGUAUUCACAAAUAUAUAUGCACUACCAGAUGCACAUACAUGGGCACAUUGCUGUAGAGAGAAACACUCAUACACUACCUAUACUGCAAUAUUUUAAUAGUGUCUCUGCUUUCCAGUGGAUGUAGCAGUCAUAUUCUUCCAAUGUUUUAUUCUCAACUUAGAACUCUAUCCCUACCCCCAAUUAGGAUUUCUACAUUGGGAGUCUGAAUGCAUGUUCUUUUUAAUUAGUAUUACCAUUACAUUAUGAUUGGUGUGUUUUUUUUAAUUAACAGCAAUUGCAGAUUAUUGUGAAGCUCUCAUUUCCAGGGUAGAUCUUUUAUUUUUUAAUUAUGAUUUUUUUUUUAGUUAAAUACAUUUACUCAUUAAUGACAUUAAUUUUCUUUCCAGUGUUUUUUCAUUUCUGUCUGUCAUGUACAUGCCCUUCCAUGUCUGUGACACUAUGUGUACACAUGGACAUGCAUUCCUCACAAACUAUCUAUUAAUUAAUACACAAAUUACCGUCAGAUCCUGUUAUUCAUUUGCUUGAAUGUAUUUGCCCUCCAAUAACCCCCUGAAAUGCCAUUAUGUGACUUCACCUCUUUCAAAGGGAUUAAAUCUGUAAUACUCAUCUCUGCACCCGCUGCUAAAAUGUGACUCUAAUCUGGCAUUCUGCAUUCUGCUGGCAUGAACAUGUUAGAAAGAGAGCAUAGAAAGCAAAGCUGGUAUUGUCCUGGUCAGUUAAGGAAUAAGAAAAAAGAGCAAGAGAAAAAGAAAUCCUACAAUCCUGAGAAUUUUGCCUGAAAUACUCUGCCCAGGCCUUGAAAAGCAGGCUGUUCACCCUGCGAGCUUGCCAAUUCACAAUGAUAACCAGUCUAUUCACCCUGAGAAUCUGCUUAUUCAACCUAGAAUCCCACUUAUUCACCCUGUGAAUCUGCCCAUUUACCCAGUUAACCUACUAGUUUCCUGAAAACCUUCAUACUUAGAAUCUGCCCAUCCAACACGAGAAUCUUAGAACUUGAAAAAUCUGCUCUUUCAUUCUGAGAAGACCUAACCAUUCAUGAUGGAAAGCCUCCCAGUUUGCCCACUCACACUGAGAAUCUUCCCAAUCACCCUAAGACCCUGAGAACCUCCCCAUUUACCCCAGGACCUUAAAAAUUCACUGCAAUAACUUGAGAACCUGCCCCUUUAGCACACGAAUAUAAUAAUUUUACCGGCUACUGUGAGACCUUGAAAUUUUUCUAUUAACUAUGGUGAAUCUGGUAUUUUUACUUGGAAUCUGUUCUUCACCUUGAAAACUUGUCCUGAUAACAUUAUUUUCCCCCUUUGGGCAUCAACACCUGCACAAUAUCUAACCAUUUAAUGUGGGAUACAGAGUAUCUACCCAAUCACUCUUAAAGCCUCAAUGCGUGUAACCUAUAAAACCUGUCUUGUACUUAUCCCCUACAUUUUACAAUUAUUUAUUUGUGAGCUUAUAAAUAAAAUAAAAUGUAAUCAUUUUUUAAAAUAAAAUUAAAUCCACAUGUCUUUAUCCUACAACUGCGUGCUACCUGUCAAUCAUUGUUAAAAGCUCUAUCUUUCGCACCGAAAAAUAAUGAAUACAUUACGUGUGGAGCAAUCGAUAAAUAUACCAAUCUUGGCUGCCUGUGCCGUAGGCAAGGUCCCUGUCCCACAGGAUAGAUUCCUCUUUUUAUUUUACACCUGGCAGUCAGCAUAGAGAAAGCAUACAGAAAAACUGAGAAAUUAAGUCUUGAUUUUUCAUCCUUGUUUACAAUGUGUGCCCUGCUGUGCCUGGACUGGACUAGAUUGUUAUGUUAUGUGAUAAAUACUCAUUUAAAAAAAAAAAUGAAGCAUCACAUAAAAAAAUGUUUCAAUGUGAUGAGACAAUUCCCUACCAAUUUCCAUACCAAAAAAUAUUUCACUAUACUGUCACAAUGGGAGGUAUGCAAGAUGACAAGGGCAUCACAUCUCCAAGUAUAGCUCUCCAGACAUCCUAAAUGUUUGACAGUAAGAGCAGGGCACCUGUGAUGUUUAGUUCAUAAAUACAAUUUCCAUGAGAAUAAUUUUACAUUCUGCUUCUAUCUCUUUAUCCACACCAUAGAAUAGUUACAUCAUUCAUUGCAAAUAUCAAGCACUUUCGCUUCAAGUGAAGUUGACAGAUUGCUAAAUGAUUGUGUGAAUUUUUAGGCUCCGUCAGACUGAGAUUUUUGUUUAAAAAAAACAAACAAACAAUAGGUUAACCUCUUCAACGAAAUUGGUUUUCAAAGCUAAUAGGACUGUGCAGAAUAUCUGCUUUAACCCAGAGCACAGCAGUCUGUGUAUCCGAGACAUCUUUAAUUUCCUCUUUAUAUAAAAACUCGGCUAUGUCUUGUGGGAGACUUUCCCAUGAUUCUGAUUUUUUUUUUUCUUUUCUUAUAAAGGAAUAGAUCUUAUUUCCCCUGAGAGUAUAUCCUGAAGCUCCUGAGCAUUCCAACCCACAAUGAGCUCUGAAAUAAGCUUCCUUCGCUGUGAAUUUAAUAGCUUCUGCAACAUUCGUCUCUAUCAGAUUAGACAUAACAAACAUUGUGCUUCUUUAGGUUUAGUUCACUAAACAGAGUAAAAUUGGUAACCGAGUUACAAAACGUAGUCCAAAAAAAGCAGUAGAGGAGGAGAAAUUUUACCAUGCAGCUAAUUUUGAUCUAGAUUUUGUAAAUUAGAUGUUGUCCACAAGAGUCAACAUGACACCAUUAAACCCUUUAUCUAGCAUCUAUAAUCUCAAGCUUUGGUAGACUGACUGAAGUCUAGAGCCGUUUUGCUCAAUCUUUUUGUAAUUAAGUUCUACUAGGAGUAGAUGUUUCUAUCAUUAUAUCCUUAUUGUUAACUAUAAUUCAGUAGCCCAAGUAUCACAAUAUCAAACAUAUUUGAAAAUAUAUUUUCAGUAAAGUACCAUAUGUGUAUGUAUAUAUAUAUAUACAGUUGUGCUCAAACGUUUGCAUACUCUGGCAGAAAUAGUGAAAUGUUGGCAUUGAUUUUGAAAAUAUCACUGAUCAUGAAAAAAAAUCAUUUUAUUAAAGGAUAGUGAUAUAAUGAAGAUAUUUAUCAUCACAUAUUUGUUUGGCUCAUUUUAAAUCAUAAUGAUAACAGAAAUCACCCAAAUAAACCUGAUCAAAAGUUUGAAUACCCUUGAAUGUUUAGCCUUGUUACAGACACACAAGGUGACACACACAGGUUAAAAUGGCAAUUAAAGGUUAAUUUCCCACUCUUGUGGCUUUUAAAUUUCAAUUAGUGUCUGUGUAUAAAUAGUCAAUGAGUUUGUUAGCUUUCAUGUGGAUGCACUGAACAGGCUAGAUACUGAGCCAUGGGAUGCAGAAAAUAACUGUCAAAAAAACCUGUGUAACAAGGUACAGAAACUUUAUAAAGAUGGAAAAGGAUAUAAAAUGAUAUCCAAAGCCUUCUAAAUGCCAGUCAGUACUGUUCAGUCACUUAUUAAGAAGUGGAAAUGAGGGGAUCUCUUGAUACCAAGCCACGGUCAGUUAGAACAAGAAAUAUUUCAGCGAUAACUGCCAGAAGAAUUGUUCAGGACACAAAGAAUGGGACACUUCUGGACUUUCCAGCAUGACAAUAAUCCAAAGCACAAGGCCAAGUUGACCCUCCAGUGGUUACAGCAGAAAAAGGUAAAGGUUCUGAUCUGGAGUGGCCAUCACAGUCUCCUGACCUUAAUAUCAUCAAGCCACUCUGGGGAGAUCUCAAACGUGCCGUUCAGGCAAGACAGCCAAAGACUUUGCAUGACCUGGAGGCAUUUUGCCAUGCAAAUGGACAUCUAUACGACCUGCAAAAAUUAGGGGCCUCAUAGACAACUAUUACAAAAGACUGCACACUGUCAACGAUGCUAAAGGGGGCAAUACACAGUAUUAAGAACUAAGGGUAUGAAGACAUUUGAACAGGGGUUAUUUCAUUUUUUUCUUUGUUGCCAUGUUUUGUUUUAUGAUUGUUCCAUUCUGUUAUAACCUACAGUUGAAUAUGAGUCCCAUAAGAGAUAAAGACCGAGAGAUCGAAACGUUGAUAUAUUUUUCAACUUACAUCAACAUCAAACAAAUUUCUAUUUUUGUCUCUUUCCAUAACUGUCUUCAGAGUUUCUUCCUUUUUUUAUAUUUCCAUGUAGAUUAAGGAAGACAUUGCAUCAUAAAUGUCAGUUAUAGGCGUAGAUACAUAAAAUACACAAUGUACACCAUGUUUGGUAUUCACUACAUGUGCUAUUCAUAUAUGGCUCUUAAAUAUUUCCAUUUGGGUUAUUUUUGGGGUUAUACAAAUAGUUAAAGAUUAUAUUGCUAAUUUUUCCUUAGAAUUGGUGUAAGGGGAGAAAGGAACAAAGAAAGUUCAAUUUUAUCUUUAAGUUUGUCCCACAUGGAAAGACAAUGGGUAAUGGUUGGAGAUGUUUGUUGUAGAAGUGGGAGGUGUUGUGUAGGGAUCCACAUGUAGAAAGAGGGAUGUUCCCAGAUCUACCCAUCGUUUACUUUCAGGGAUGUAUGCCACUGUUGCAUAUGAGUACGCUGUGCUGCAUUGUAGUAAUGAAUAAAGUUGGGCAGACCUAACCCACCAUGAGUUUUAAGGAAGUACAUGCAGGGCCGGCGCGUCCAUAAGGCGGCACAGGCGGCCGCCUUAGGGCGCACCGGCUCUGGGGGCGCAAAAUUCCAGUGACCGGCAGGAGGGAAGUGCUCCCUCCUGCCAGGUCACCUCCUGGAUCCCCGGCGCGGCGUGCGGCUGAAUUGGAUGCCGAGGGAGCUCUGAUCUCUCUGAUCUGCUCCCUCGCAGGCUGUUUACUGAUGACGUCAUAUUCCGGCUCCCGCGGCAUCAGUCAGCAGCCUGCGAGGGAGCAGAUCAGAGAGAUCAGAGCUCCCUCGCCACCUCGGAUUCCAGUUCAUUGCACGCCUCCCAGCAGCCCCACUGGACCACCAAUGAGAGACCCACGCCAGCUCUCCAGGUAGGGAGGCUGGGUGGGAAAUUUAAAUUUAAUUAAGAUUAUUAAUUUCUGUGUGUGUGUGUGCAUGUGAGUAUGUGAGUCUGUCAGUGUGUGUGUGACUAUGUGAGUUUGUGUGUGAGUGAGUAUGUCUGUCAGUGUGUGUGUCUGUCAGUGUGUGUGUGUUAGUAUGUGUGUCUGUCAGUGUGUGUGUGACUAUGUGACUGUGAGUUUGUGUGUGUGUGUGUGUGUGAGUGAGUAUGUCUGUGUGUGUGUGUGUGUGUGUGUGAGUGAGUAUGUCUGUGUGUGUGUGUGUGGGAGUGAGUGAGUAUGUCUACAGUGGAGGGAGUGUGUCUACUGCGCGUGUGUGGUAUGUGUGUUCACGUGUGUGAUCAUGUGAGUUUUGUGUGUGUGUGUGUGUGAGUGAGUGCACCUGUCAAAAGUGUGUGUGUGUGAGUGAGUGUGUCUGUCAGUGCGUGUGUAUGUGUGUCUGUCAGUGUGUGUGUGUGAGUAUGUGUGUCUGUCAGUGUGUGUGUGCAUGUGAGUAUGUCUGUCAGUGUGUGCAUGUGAGUACGUGUGUCUGUCAGUUUGUGUGUGUGCAUGUGAGUAUGUCUGUCAGUGUGUGUGUGAGUAUGUGUGUCUGUCAGUGUGUGUGUGAGUAUGUGUGUCUGUCAGUGUGUGUGUGUGCAUGUGAGUAUGUGUGUGUGAGUGUGUGUGUCUGUGUGGUUCUGUCAGUGUGUGUGUCUGUGUGGUUCUGUCAGUGUGUGUGUGUGUGUGUGGUUCUGUCAGUGUGUGUGUGAGUAUGUGUGUCUGUCAGUAUGUGCAUGUGCGCAUGUGAGUACGUGUGUCUGUCAGUGUCUGUGAGUUUGUGUGUGUGUGUGUCAGUGUGUGUUUUUCAAUGAGUCUGUCAGUGUGCGUGUGAGUGUCUGUCAAUGAAUGAGUGUGUCAGAUAAGUGAGUCUGGCUGUCAGAGAUGUCUGUAUGUUUGUCAUUGAGUGUGUGUGACUGUCAGUGUUUAUACACCCCUGACUGUAGCGUGGCCAAGCGGAGUGUACCGUGGUACAGGAACUUCUGUUUCCUGUACCUGGCAGAACUUACAGGAAAAGCUCACUGUACCGGGAUUCGCUCCGCUCAGCCACGCUACAAAAAAAGGUAGGAGGCACACCAGGAAGGGGAGGGGACCACUAUGGGGGUGGGUGGCGCACCAAGGGACAGGGAGAGGAGGGGAGAGAUAUCCUAAGGUACAGGAAAAGGAGGGAGGGGGGGAGAGGAACACUAAGCGACAGCCAACAGAUGGGGGAGGGGAGAGGAACACUAAGGGACAGGGAAAGGAGGCGGGAAGGGAAAGGAACAGUAAGGGUCAGAGAAGGGAGGGGACCAUUAAGGGACGGGGAGAGGGGCCGGAUGUGAAAGAAACACACAGCGGGGCUUGAGAAGGAAAGAGACACACACAAAAGAGCUGGGAAGAAUAAAAGACACAAAUGGGCUGGGAGAAAAGGAGUCACACAAAGGGGCUGGGAGGAGUAAGACACAAAAUGUGGGAGGAUGUAAGAGUCAUACAAAGAGGAGAGAUAGGAGACACACAAAGGCAAAAAUAGGAGAUAAAAUACACUAAAGGGAGUCAGAUAUUUAAAAGACGGGAUAAGAAACACAAAAGGGAGGUUAAGAGGCACAUGGGUGAAGAUGUUUUUGGGGGGGCGGAAAAAUGCAUCUUCGCCUAUGUACCCAAAAUUCUUUGCACCGGCCCUGAGUACAUGGACUCUAGAUUUCCUACCCUUCCAGGCAAAAGUAUCUAUGGUCAAUUGCAGAACUUCCUAUGGUCAAUUGCAGCACUUCCCGAGAGGAAUAGGUAAAAUCUGGAAUAGAUAAAGGAAUAUAGGGAGGAGACUAAUUUUGACAGUCGCCACACAUUCCAGCCAGAAAACACUCAGAGGACCCCAUCACUGUUAAUCUCUUUUUGUAUUUAUAAGAGUAGGGAGUAAUUUAAAUUGUAAAGCUCAGAGACAGCAGAAGGGAUCUUAACUCCCAGAUACAUAAUAUAAGAUGAAGCUAUCUUGAAUGGAAAGCUGGCGCCAUAAGUGUCCACCAAAUUCUGAGUGAGACCUGGCUGCAGUCCUACUGCUCUUGCCAGGUCUCCUCCAUGCUUUCCUGUGCGGUGUUCUGUGUGAUUGGAGGAGGCGGAGUCCAGAGAUGGGAAGUGACAUCACCACUUUCUACUCUCCUCCUGAAUCUGCAGACUGCUCCGGGACUACUAGAAAGUCUCCUGGCUAAUAGAGACUCUGUCCAGCGAAGAAGGCUGCGUCUUUUGAUCAGAUUAUUGAGGUCCUUGGUGGUAAUGGAGAGACAUUUUAGCUUAAGUCAUAUGCUUAAAAACAGAAAAAGAAAUUAUCAUGAUUACACUCUGGUAUAUUAUGAGAAAAGCGAGGAGAGGGAAGGGAGCAGGACUCAGGCAUAAGCAGGAGAAAAGGAAGAGAAGAAAUGCGAGAGAGAAAAUACGCACACCAGCCCUCGAAUUUCCCCUCUGGAAGCCAAAGGGAUAUAUAUCUAGGUUGAUUUAUGUGAUCAAUUUCUUUGGACAACAUUUCAGUGUAGCCCGAUUAAACGAGAAUCAUGUAAAUUAACAUGGUUACAAACAAACAAAACAAAAACAUGAAAACAAUUAAAUAUUGAUGCAUUGAUAAUCCAAAGUUAGUAGUUACAGCAUCUAAUCAACUCUUUUCAAUUUAAAACUCACUCCCAAUCUAUACCAUGUAUCAAUUAACCGCAUAAUAAGAAUUAAAGGGAUACUAUAGGCACCAAGAUCACUUUAUCUCAUUGAAGUGCAGUGUCCCUUAGUCCUGCAAUGUAAUCCCUUCCUGGAUUCUAACGCGGUCUGACUACCUUACACGAAGCUGCACGUCAUCACGCUCUGCAUCAAGCAUCCAGUGUCAUUGAAAUCCCCAUAGAAAAGCAUUGAAUCCAUGCUUUACUAUUGGGAGCGCUUAAUGCCCUCGCAGCACUCACCGCUCAUGUGCAUUAACUCCCUGUCGGAUGACAUUGGAGAAGGCGGACCGGGACCCUGGGACAUUGGUGCUGAAAUUCGGUAAGUAAAUAAAGGGUUAUUUAUAUCCCGGGUGGGAGGGAGGGCACUUUAGUGUUAGGAAUACAGCUUUGUAUUCCUGACGCUAUAGAUUCCCUUUAAUAUAAGGUAUUCCAAAGGAUUUAUUAAAGUGGCAGAGAAGGAAAAUUGGUGUGUAUCUUAGGUGGUAAUUUUGUAGAUGUACAAAUGCGUUGUUUUAUUGGGUAUCUUGCUGCACCAAUCACUUGGCUCUCAUAUCAUAUGGUAUUGGUUAAAAUGAAAUUGUUGACACUUAAAUCUGACAUGUACCAUCUAAUAUGGGAUAGCUAUUUAUGUACAAAAGUAAAGAUAUGUAUUCAGUGGGUCAACUAUCACAGCCAUUGGGGACCACUGGUGGACUGACCACUCAGGCAGAUCAGCCAUGGACAAAAGGCCCAAGGCAGUCAGGAGCCUGGCUAAUCAUAGAGAUCCCUACCCAGAAAGCCAUAAAUCCACACACAUUCCAGUGAUAGGUUGCCCCUGCAACCUAUUGCACUGUAAGUGACAUGAUUUCUUGCCUGCUCUCUACUCUCCUGCAGAACUUGCAGGGUGCUCUUGGACUAUGAGCACUAUGAAGAUAAGGAGCAACAUCUUGGCAGAGACAGCACUGUAACCGCGGCUGGUUCCCUUAUUUACCAUUAUAACCUCUUAAAGUAUAGAACUUAGCAGGGCUAACCAUAUAGAUAACUUAGCUAUAAUUUUAUAUAGUUAGUGUAAGAGAUCCUCUAUUUAACACAAACACAAAGUACACAGUUUAAGAAAUACAACAUUUCAUUCUAAAACUUGUAAUAUUUGCAUUUUCCCAUAACAGCACUCUACAGGUAUGUUUCUUGUAAAUAUUUUCUACAACCACACCCACUACAGCCCUUAUGCCUCUCUGCACCCACCACAGCCACCAUGCUCUCCCUGGACCAACUACUGUCCAUCCCCUGCCACAGCCCCUAUGCCCCUCCUGCAUCCAUCACAGCCCUUAUGCCCCCAUGCAACACUCCCUCCUAUUCAACCAAACUGUUCCUCACUAAACCCACCACAGUCACUAUGCUCCACCCCCACACCAACCACAGCCCCUAUGCCCCCCAUAAUAUCUGUGUGAGCUGCACAAAGAAGGGGGAGAAGAGUAGUAGUAGCCAAAAAUCCUUGUACCAGAAGUGGGCCCUUGAUGAUCUAUUGCCCUGUGAGUUGGCCGUUCAUCCCUGCGCAUGUCAUAUGCAGAAUGUGGGAUAUGUAAAUCUCCUUGCCACUAGACAUAGUGAAAUACAUUUUAAGACUAUACACCACACAUGAUCUAAGGCUUUGGUAGCUCCCAGAGAUAUUCUUGUUGAGAUAAAGGUAAAAUCAACAUAGUAAUGAUUGUGAUGAUAAAUUGGUGGCUUAGGUAAGUAAAGCUUAAUUAUGGUUACUGGUAAUUGGGGAGCAUACAAAAAAAUAAGAAGAGUUUUAACUCCAGUAAGUGUAGCAGGGUUGAAUCAGCAACAAAUAAAAUUACAGAUUCAGAGGAUGACAUCUAUAGGUGGUGGUUUCUCAUAGGGGUAGAUGAGCAAGAUGGUCAUAGCCUGUUGAAUACUGGUUGCAGCGCUGGUGCUUGCUUGGUUCUUUCUCUAAACCCGCCCUUUUAGUGAGUACAUAACAUCUAUUGUCCUUUCUGAGUCAAAAGGGAUGACCCCAGGCAUAGCGGAGUCAGUGUAAUGAAAGCAAUUGUAUGAUAGAUCUCUUCUUUUUUUCAGUGUCCUUGGAGCGAGAUCUUGGUAAAAUUGUACCACCAAGCAUUCAAAGUGAGGUCUCAAGUAUCUGGCUGCACUCCUAAGGCAUUGUUUUAUAUAAAAGAAGGGCAUUUGCACUAUUGCAUUCCUGGAUUGAGCUGGACUUGCCAUAGGUGGGCGGAGGGCUCUUUGCGCCCGUUCCAUCAAGAGAUCUGAGUUGGAAGCAUCUGGCAGUAGGCUUUGAAAGGCCUCUCAGUGAGUCUCUUCUGAGGUACUGACUUGGGUAGGCCUGUAAUUCUCAUACUUCCAAAAGUCUGAACUGAUCCCGGAGGUCCUGAAGAGUAUCCUCUUUAGAGUUGACCACUUCGAUGACCUAGCUUGCAUUCUACAUCAUGGGUGCAAUUUGUAAGAGCAGCAAGGCCUUCUUUGAGAGGGUUUAGGUGUUUGCUAAAUUCAUCCGCCAUGUGUGUUUUGAUUUAUUUCAGGAAUUGAUGGAGAUCCUAUCUGGUGAGUGGUGGGAGACUCCAUAAUGCAGCAGAGUAACUGGUCUCCAAAUUGGAGCCUGAGGUAGGCAUGUCCUGCAAUGGCAUCUGAUCUUUUUCAGGUAUAGCGCGGAAGAUCAUCACCACAGAAUGUUGGUGAGAUUUAUGGCUUGUACCAACCAUUGGGUUAGAAGGGGUUUUGUGUUAGCUUUUGACACACUUGUAGUUGUUGUUCUCAUGGUUCUGUGCUAAAGAUAGAUAGAAUUAUAUUACAAUCCCUGCAUUACACUCCAGAGCCUAAACUUGACUUCUGCUAUGUUGGAGUCAGUCUCUACUCAAAGCCUAUACUACCACAGAGUCAGACCUUGUAUUACUGGGUGAAAGACUAGUGCAGCGGUAGGCAAGCUUUUAGCAGCACUGUGACGAAAUAAGAUUGUGAUGUCCGUAGCGCGUCGAUCCUAUUUUUUUGAAUUGAGGUGUGUAUGUUGCUGUAUUCUGCUUGUGUUAUCUACACUGCAGUUGCUUUGUAUCGUUGUAUUUGUGCGUAUAUGAGCUAUUAUAUUGCAUAUGUUCAUGAGUAGUUUGUGGUAUCGUGUAUGAUACCUAUGAAUGUAGGCUGUGUAUGGGGGCUGCUUGUGGAAUUGUGUGUGUGGAUGGAAAUGUCACAUAGUGUGUUUGGUGCUGUGUGUAUGUGUGGGGCUGUUUGGGGUAUUGUAUGUGAGAGCCUGCAUGUGGGGUUGUGUGCAUGUAUGUGGAUUGUUAGUGGUGUUGAGUUUGUGCAGAUUAUGUGUAUGUUUGUGUGUGGGUUGAUUGUAUUAUUUGUAUGAGGGGAGGGUUAUUCUGCAUUUCUGUGUAUAUCUUGUAGUGUGGGUGGCUUCCCUGGGUUCCAGUGUGGACCAUACUGGCCAGGUACAGCUCAAGGACAGAAGCUGAGAUAGCAGUUGCGGGCUGCUCUACUACAGUGUGGAUUCCUAUUCACAAGUGCUGGGAGGAAGUGAUCUGAGAUCACUACCUCUAUGUGCUGCAAUGCGUAAAUUAAGGAUUUACUUUCACCAUCUUUUCGUAUUAGCAGAUAUUUAAAGUUUCACUGGGACUGCUGAUAGGCCAGACCCUGUUUGGCUCUGGCAGUCUUGAGUACCGUGCAAAGGCACCUCGAAGGCGGUGCAUGGCACUCGUGCCAUAGGUUGCCUACCCCUGGACUAGUGUGUAAUAAGGAGUGUGUAAAACAGAGAGCAGGCACAGUGCAGGUAUUGGGUUGCACCCAAGUUUUUUUUUUGUAAAUCUUUUUUUAUUGAGUUAUGUAAAGGAAGAACAGUUCAAUUCAAUGCAAUCAUAAGCAGAUGGAAGGUUACGCAUGACCUGUUUAUAUCUAAAACAGUGUGGUCAGGUGUACGUCAAGUAUGUCAAUGAUUAUCUAUAUUGAUCAUUAAUCUUCCAUUUUCCAAGCAGUGUGAACAAUCAUAACUCAGCAACUAUAAAGUAACUUUCGCAUAUCGCUCUCCCUUUCAUCUCAGGGCUCAUGUAUGUAUCGCAGGGGCCUCAUCGCAUAUGGCUUGUCAUUAGUGACACAACAGCCCAUGUGAUUUGUCACUUGGUGUGUAAUAAUGGUGAUAGAUAAGUGCUAUUUCGUUUACCCGCGUGUUAGGAAGCCUUAUACCUCCAUGAUCAACUUGUGUUCGGUGAGCUGGUGUGGGUCUAUCAGGAGGGCGAUAUCUGUGGUGGGGCAAAAGGUUUCAUCUGUCUUAGCUAUCUUGACACCCCGCUCUCCAAGUGUUUGUGUAUGCCCUUGUCUCGUCUAGUGGUGCAUCCAUGAGGUGUGGUUGAAGUAAUAGCUGUGUGGUGUUUUCUCUCCACCUCGCCCCAAUUAGGCUAGACCAGGAUGAGAGCGUAACGCUUUGGUAUGAUUGUAUUUGAUCUGGCUGUGUAUGCGUGCAAAGAGAGAAGAUUGCGAACUAUGGGUAGGUUAGCGGAGGGGAAAAGGAGGGAGAAGGGGAGAAGAAGAACGCCACCAGUAGCCUGUCGGCUUUUAUUUGGAGUUAAUAAGUCAGUGCACAGGAGAAGAAUGGGUCUCGCCCCGUGGAUCAGACAUCCCCCUGCAGGCCCCUCCCGGUCCCGUCCCACCUCAUCGACCCCAAGACACAAAUGCAAACCAUAGUCGCCACAUCUCAGCAUGUUUGUCCCCUCUGCCCAGCAGGGACGCCUGCAUCGCCUCCGUCCCCUGAAUGUCCUCCACCCUGCGGAUCCAUUCCUCUGCACUGGGUAUCUCCGACUUUUUCCAAUACAAUGGUAUCAGAGCUUUGGCUGCAUUGAGCAAGUGACAUAGGAUCGACUUCUUAUACCCUGCAAUCGACUUCUACGACACAUGUAGGAGUGCUAGGGCUGCUGUCCAAUCAGGGAUUUCUCCCAGGACUUCAGUUAUGUUUUGUCUUAUCAUCUGGUUGCACCUAAGUUAAAUCUUUAAGAAAACUAGGUAAGAGUUCAAAGCUCUGGUAAUAAAUCCACUCUAGUCAGUGAAUGCUAAAUGCAUGGCGUAGUAGGCUCAUACAGAGUUUAGAGGAUCCUUCCAGGAGCAAGCCUUUGCUAUGAUGUAACCUGUUCCCUGGAGCUGAUUCACAGAUAGGAGAUAUAAAACAUAAUAGAAAAAAAAAAAGACAAUCAGACAUAAAUAUAGUUUUAAUAUAUAAUGCAUCCUUGACCGUUCUCUUCCUUCUGUCUGCAGCUCAGCUCCCACAGCUCUCAGUGGCUGACUACAUGCAGAGAGACAGAGGCCAGUCCAGGGACAAACAGAGUAAAAGGGAUAAUGACUACUUAGGCAACCUUAUCCUGCCGAUAGCUGCAAACCUGUAUUUCCUUUUUUUUUUUUUUUUUUAUAAUCUUUUAUUUUGUGCAUGAGAGAAAAGGUGUGUUACAAGACAGAUAAAACAGUAGCCACAUCGGCUUAACAAAUAUCGUUGCAAAAUUCACAGGCUUUAGUAUUUGCGCAUUUUUUCCCUUUGUCCCAUUUGUAACAUUGUGUAACUUGACAGGAUAGUAUUCUAGUGAAUCCAGGUAAAGAGCAUAUUACCGACAUUGGUCGGGGGGUAUGGGUUCGGCUCGUAGGGUUGUACCUUUCGAUGUGGUAUAGCCAGGACGGAGAGGAGGGGGGGUGGGAUGAAGGUCGUGCAGGUAAUAUAUGUGUCGGGUGUGGGUGGCAUUUAGGUAUCUCUAACGCUCUAGGUAGGUCAACCAUGGCUGCCAGGUUAGAAUGUAUGUGUUGUAGUGGUUCGAGUAUGAGGCGUUUAAUUCUUCCAUGGUCCGUAUGAAUUCCACCUUCUGUAUCCACUCACGUACUGAUGGGACCCCAGUGCUUUUCCACUUAAGUGGUAUCAGCAUGUUCACUGCUGUCAGCAUAUGGUUUAUGAGUUUGCGUAGGUGGCUUGGCAUGUGGGUGGUGUGCAUGAGGAAUAAGAGGGUUUCGGGGGAGUGUGAUACUUGGUAACCCGUGAUAGAUGUUAUUAGGCUUCUUAGUCUCUGCCAAUAGGUUUGAAUAGGCGGGCAUAGCCACCAAAUGUGAGCCGUGGUUCCUUUGGUUUGCCCGCAUCUCCAACAUAUAUCAGGUACUGUUGGGAAGAGUGCAUGGAUCUUGGUAGGUGAGUAGUGCCACCUGGAUAUCCGUUUGUACGUGCUUUCCCUUACUGCUGUGCUGACAGAUGAUUUAUGUGUGUGUGUGAAGAUCCUAUGCCAUGUUUCCUGAGGAAUAGUGAUAUUUAGCUCACCUUCCCAUGCUGACGUGAACGCCGGCAGUAGGGUGUGACUUGAAGUGCUUAGGAGUCUGUAGAAAAUGGACAGGUGUUUGGUUUGAAGGCUGUGUGUGGUGCAGUAGGUCUCAAAGGUGGUGUGUGCCCUUGUUCCUCGAAUGAAAUGUGGAUCCCCCUUCAAGAAGUGAGACAGUUGGGCGUAUCGGAAGUGUUGUUUGGUAGUAGGGUGGUCUGUUGUGGCCAGUGUAGACAGUGGAGCCACUCCCGUUGGGGUCAUAACUGUGCUAACCAUCGGGUAUCUCGUCUUUUGAACUAAUGGAAAUUGGGAGAAGAAGUGUGGGCAUGUGCCCGGUAGGAACUUUGGAUUGUGUGCCAAGGGAUAUAGCGGUGAGGGGUGUGGUGAGACGUCUUUCUGGGGCCUAAUGCGCGACCAUUGGCGCAGUGUGGGUAUGAUCGUUGGGUGUUGUGAGUGUUGAGGCAGGAGGAGUGUGUGUCCCUUGUCAUGCCAUGGGAUUGUGCAUAGAGGGGAUUGGAACAUUGAGCUUUCUAUAUAUGCCCAUUGCUUCAGCGGGGGCUCUGCGGUCCACUCGUAUAUUCUGGUUAGUAUACUCGCUUGAUAGUAGCGUUCCAUAUGAGGUAGGCCUAGGCCCCCCCUUCCCCUAUGUCUGGUCAGAAUCGUGUACGCUAUUCUCGGGCGUUUAGUCGCCCAUAUGAAGGUUGUGAAUAUUUGUUUAAGCUUGGAGAAAAAGGAGGGGGGGGAUCGCAAUGGGGAGUGUUUGUAGGAGAUAUAACACCUUUGGCAAUGUAUUCAUCUUCAAUAUAUUGAUCCUACAUAGCCAGCUAAAGACGGGUCUCUGCCAGUUUGUUAGAUCUUUUGAUAUCUCGGUGAGUAGUGGCAUGAAGUUUAGAUCGUAUGCGUGUUUCAGGUGUCUGGGUAGAUGGACCCCAAGGUAGGUGAUGGACCUUCUAGCCCAUGCAAAAGGGUACGUGGUUUUAAGUGUGUUUUGUGUUUGUCUGUCCAUUUGGAGGGGUAGAAUUUCACUCUUUGUGUAAUUGACCUUAAAGUUGGAGAACUUGGCAUAUGUCGUCAGUUCGGCUAUCAGUGGAGGCAGAGAGGUGAGCGGGUCGGUGAUGGAAAAUAGUAGGUCAUCUGCAAACGCAGAUACCUUGAAUUCUUGUUGGUGAACUUUAAAGCCAUGGAUGGUGUUGUGGUCCCGUAUUCCCUGUAGGAAGGGUUCUAGGGUGAGAAUAAAGAGUAAGGGGGAGAGAGGGCAACCCUGUCUCGUGCCAUUCUUUAUGUGUACCGGACCUGACAGUUGGCCGUUUAUUCUCAAUUUUGCCGUUGGGUGAGAGUAUAUGGCUCCCAUCCAUUGCAUCCAGUUUGGACCAAAGCCCAUGGCCUGGAGAGUGGUAGUGAGCAUUGUCCAGUCUACUCUAUCAAAUGCUUUUUCAGCAUCUAUAGAUAGUAGUAGGCUUUGCCCUUUUGUGGUUCGGGAGAGAUGGAUGAGGUUCAGUACUUUGGUUGUGUUAUGUUUGGCCUCUCGUUUAGGGACAAAACCGGAUUGAUCAGGGUGGAUUAAGGUGUGUAGUAUAGGUUGUAGACGCAUGGCUAGGAUUUUCGUACAAAUCUUCAAGUCUACAUUUAUGAGCGAGAUUGGGCGGUAGCUGCCGCACUCUUUGGGGUCUUUACCGGGUUUUGGCAGCAAAGUGAUAUGGGCCUCCAACGCUGAUGCUGGGAGUGGGGCUGGAUGGGUAAGAGCAUUAAAUGCCCGUAGGUAUGGUUCAGCCAAGAGUGUAGCGAAUUGUUUGUAGUAUUUGGCUGUGAGGCCGUCGGGGCCAGGGCUUUUGCCUAGUGGUGUUGAUUUUAUCGCGCAAUUUAAUUCUUCAGUGGUAAUGGGCAUGUCUAUGGACUGUGCCACGGCGUCAGGGAUUUUAUUUUUUAGCCUGGUUGAUAGGUAUCUUGUUAUGUCGUUUAUAUCCGGAGGUGACUCCCUGAGGUUGUAAAGUUUGGUAUAGAAGUGUUGGAAGGCUUUCAUGAUGUCUGGGAGGGUAUGUGAUAUAGUGCCCGUUUGUGUUUUGAUUUUGGAGAUGUACGUGUUUUGCCUGGACUGUCGUAGGGCAUUGGCUAGUAGUUUGCCACAUUUACCUCCCUGUGUAUAGUAGGAGUGCCUGGUAUGGAGGAGCUUUUUCUUGGCCUGGUGGUGCAGUAGUUGUGUCAGUUCUGUGCGUUUGGUUAUGAGGGUGUUAUAGGUUGAUAGGGAACUAUCCCGGGUAUGAGUAUGUUCAAGGACUCUGAUUUCUCGUGUGAGUGUGUCUAUUUUCUGUGUUCUCCUUUUUUUGAGAGUGGCCGCUAUUGCUAGGAAUUCUCCCCUUAUGACGCAUUUGUGCGCUUCCCAAGUGGUCAUGGGGGAGAUGGUUGGUAGCGUGUUUUCUUGGAAGUAGUUGGUAAGUGCAGUUGUCACACGAGUUGUGAUUGUGUGGUCAUUGAGGAGGAAAUCGUUAAGUUUCCAAUGAAAGGACGUCAGUGGGAGCGUGGGGAUCUGUAUGACUAGGGAUAGAGGUGCAUGGUCUGACCAGGUAAUUGGACCGUAGGAGCAGGAGAUGGCCAGAUGCAAGUGAUCUUGGGGAAGGAACAUCAUGUCUAUCCUGGAGUAUGAGCGUGAGGCUGAGGAGUAGUCUCUAUCUUGUGGGUGUGUGGUUCUCCAGCAGUCAAAUAGUCUAGCUUGGUCAAGGAGGUGUGUUAUCUGUUUCCUUGCAGCAUUUUGGUAUUGUGUGGAGUGGGAGGUCGUGUCAAGGGCAGAGUCCAAGGAUAUAUUCAAGUCACCACCCAUGAUCAGCAUGCCUUCCAUAAAGGAUUCGAUUAUAUUAAGAUACUUCUUGAGGGCUUUGCCUUGGUGUCGGUUGGGUAGGUAUAGGUUAGCAAAUGUGAGGACGGUCUGGCCUAUCUGUCCCUUUACCAAGAGUAGCCUGCCCCCAUCAUCAGUUUUGUGAGCCUUGUAGGUGAAAGGAGUGUGUGCUGCAAAGAGUAUGGCUACCCCCCUGGCCUUGGCGUGACUAUAGUUACUAAAGAAUCCUGUUGGGUAUGUCCUGCUCUUGAGAGUGGGCGCUCUGUCCUUCUUAAAGUGAGUUUCCUGUAGGAAGACCACGUUAGCUCGUAGUUUGUGCAUUUCUGUAAGAGCUAUAGAUCUUUUCUCGGGCGUAUUAAGGCCUUUAACAUUGAGUGUGACUAAUUGUAUGGUAGCCAUCAGGUCUGGAUACGUUCGUAGGUGUGCCAAUGAGAGUGUCUGUGGGUGAGGGGGGGGAUGUUUGGAUGGGGGGGAUUUGGUCACCUGGAGGGAGGAGCAAAAGGGGGAAGGAAAGCAAAAGAAAAAGAGAAACAACAAGAGGAGAAAAAUAUAUAACAAUUAACUUAUAUACAAGCGAAAAAUCUAUAAAUAGAUCGGAGUAGAAACUGUCCCCCGAGAUUGCUAGGAGGCACCGGUUGAACACCGGGCGUCAGCCAGCAGUCUGAGGGGAGACCUCUGGUGUCGGGCCCAGAGUGGGACGUUGCCACCUGGGACUUUUGUGACACCGUGGUAUAGGUCGUGUCGACCUAGUACAAUGCAAGUCGUCUAGUAAUCAUACGAUAGUAUGCAAAGAGAGAUGAGGGACGGAGGUGGUCCCGGGCGACUGAUGUCAGUCAAUGACUCUCGUAGGAGAGCAACGGGAGUAAGAGUCAUCAACUGUCGUCGCCAGAGCACACACCCGUAAAUACAUUCCACAACAUAUCAGUUAGUUAGACAUCUUAGAUGAGGAGGCUAUAAAAACAGUAUAAACAGCGUUAUUCUAGAUAAACUUUUUUUUUUGUUUUUGUUUUUUUGUGGGUGAUGCGUUAAUGAUAUGUCUAAAUUUCUGUUGGUGGGCCAAUAAGAAAGAUCCCGGUAAUGUGCAGCAUUUACCUGCCGCCAGCCUAGCCAUUGGGUCUGCAUAGUGAGAGGGAGAGGUGGAAGCCGUAUAUCAGGUCUGUAUAUUUGCCUGCUAUGCCGCUGCCGGGGAUGGUAAGUGUCGCGGGAAAAUAAGCGAGAUUACCCUGUUGAGUGUUAUUCCUGUUGAGGUCGCGGAAAUUGCGACAGCUGGCUGGCGUUAUAGGGAUUGGCAUUUAAGACAUUUUCGCUCUGUAUCAUACCCCAGGGGGAUUCAUCCCUUAGCAACAUGGGUUUAGCAUUAUAUGGAUACGGUCACCUGGUUCUUAAGAGAGUCCUGAUAGCCCCAAGUGGAGAUGGCUCCGAGGAGCGUUAACAAGUCUCUGGCAGCGUGUUAGAGAUGGUCAUCUCAGCAUGUCCCUUGGUUGUUCGAGUUGGGCUUCCCUUAGCAGCUGGUGUCCCGGAGGUGGCAGCUGCCAGUGGAUCAUAUAGCCUUGGCUGGUAGCAGGUCGUAGUGUGUGCGCAGGGUUGGAAUCUUUUCAGUGUAGCGACGGGUCUUGGGUAUCUGAUCUUUUCUUCUUGGGCGUUUGUUGCCAUCGGGGUCUCUGCGGUAGCUGAGGUGGAAGUGGUGUUUGCAGCGGUCCGUACCAGUCCAUGAUGUGUGGGUCUGUGAGGUUGAGGGCUUGUGUAAAGAGUGGUAUGUCCGCAUGGGAGUGUAUCGUGUGCUGAGUGCCCUUAUACGUGACACUCAGUGCCAGUGGGAAUCCCCACCUGUAUCUUAGGUUUCUGGAUCUUAAUUGGUCUGUAAUUGGUCGCAAAAUCCGUCUCGCUUGUAGUGUCAGCCAUGAGAGGUCGGGGUAGAUGGUUAUUGGGGCAUCAUGAAAUAGCAUAGGUUGUGAGGUCUGUUUCAGCGUGUGCAGUAUAUCUUCCCUGCAUGUGUGAUAGUGAAGCCUGCAAAUGACAUCUCUAGGCUUGUCAGUCGCUAUGCCUCUGGGCUUCAGUGCCCUGUGUGCUCUAUCUAGUAGGAUGUGAUGGUCUCUUGGCUUACCCAGAAUUAAGUUGAAUAGUUCAUUCAGCGUCUGGUAGAUAUCUUCUUGUUCGUUUUCUGGGAGACCUCUGAUCCUUAGAUUGUUGCGGCGCCCCCUGUUGUCUAGGUCAUCCAUGGACCUAUGGAGCGUGGACAGGUAGGUGUUCUGGUGUUCCACUGCUGCCUGCAGGGAGUUCAGCUGCGUAUGCAUAGUAUCUCUGUCAUCUUCCAGGGUGCUCACUCUGUCAGCUACUUGGCGAAUUUCAGAGUUAAAUGCAUCCAUUUUGGCUUGAACUGAGGCCUCUAGCUGGGUCAGCAUGCCUGCAAUGUCCUGUUUGGAGGGCAGAUUUCUGAGGAUGUCCUUCAGGUCCCCGUCCGUCGGGAGGCCCGAAAUCUCCGAGUCUGCUGGGCUGGAGGGGGACAUACAGAGAGGUGAGGAGUCUGCCGCCAUAUUGGGGCCUAGUGCGCCCGCAUUACUAUCCGCCCGGUCGCGGAAAUACUUGGUGAAAGCGCUCGAUUUGCCCGAUGGGGUUUUGCUGGAGGCUUGCUGGGAAGAUGCCGCUCGUUUUGGGUGACCCAUCCUUCGUUUUGUGGCCCGAUCUGGUUGGGUGUGUGUCUGGUGCCGCCGGAGCUGAUUUAGAACGCGGCCAUGCACCAGCUCGGUCGGCUCCGCCCCCCUGUAUUUUCCUUUUUGACUAAUCUAUGAAGAGUUACAUGGAGAGAAAAAUAUCUCAGGAAUAUGAGGCCAUAUAAGCAAAUAAAUUGUGUUAAUGUCAAUAGUGUCCUUGUAACAAUAGGAAAAAUGCUAUAGAUCUUCAAUAGACUUAUCUAUGACUAUGAACACUACAGAGAAACCAGUUAGGCAGAAUGCAUUUAAAUAGCUUCUAGUCUAUCUCCUGUUGCGAUUUAUUCUAUUUUCGCAUUUAAAUUGCUUCCUAGGUUAUGCAAUUCAGAAGGUAGUUAUUUUUGUAUGCAGUUGUCUAUCAUCCUUUGGAUUUCUGCAUUACUUGUCACAUAAAAUGUUACAUUCACUCUACAUUUGCUGCUGCAGUGCCAUUGAGGAAUGUCACCCAAGCCUUUCAGUUUUGAAGGCUUUCAACUUGUGAUCUGUGUUGCAAAUAAUUGGGAAUUUGAAAAAAAUAAUCAUUUAUUUUUCCUCUUUUAAGCCUUCAACAAUAAAUAAAUAUAUCAAUACGUUUGUUCAUAAUUUGGCAUUAGAAUUAUUGUGGUUGAAGGAGUUAAAUCCUUCUUCAACUGCUUUUUUCCUCCUUCACAUCCCUCCUGCAUUAGCGUUUGUAAGGGAACAUUGCUUAGAAAUGUUAUUUUGAGUCGAUUUGAUUACUGUUGAUGUAAGGUAUUACCUAAGCUUAUUAAAUUCAGAAAGCAGCAAGAAAUUCAAUGAAAAAUCAACAUGUUUGCGGUUUUCACUGAUCGCUUUGGAGAAAAAAAAAUGACUGUCAGUUUUCAGAUUUUAUACUGAUCGUGCAUUCACAAUAAGAUUUAUAAAGAUGCACUGUACUCGAUCAGGCACACCUAUCUAGAACCUGGUAGGAGUCCAUUUAGACUCCAGAACAAUGUGAAUUAAUUUCAUAAUGAAUUCCCGAAGGCACGGGAAAUAUUACAGAUUUAGGCUAUGCAUUUGCAGACUAAUAAUCCUCUAGUUAUGGUCAUCGUGUGCGCACUAUUGCCUCUUAUUCCUGCUUUUAGCUGACAGGCUUGAAUGCUGGGUGCACUUCUGUUUGUAUUCAACGGGAUUUGUAGAAUAUAAUAUGGCACUAGUUUGUGGGUGUGCAUGUGUUUGUAUGGGUAUGGGUAUUUAUAAUCAGUAUAAAAUAUAACAUAGCAUAUCUAAAAUGAAACAGAAGUAUAACAUAUGAUCAUUUCUAUUCAUAAAAUCCCAAUUUGGUAAUAUGUAUACAAUAAGAUAAAGAUUUGAGAAGAUACAUCUAAAAAGUUUUGAACGACUGCUUCUAUCAAAGAAAAGCUACCAGACAUGUGCAUUUCCUGGAUACUACUGGCCAUGAUUUUAAAAGGAUGCUCUAAGUACCAAAACAGCUUUAGCUGAAUGAAGUGGUUUUGGUGCCUAGAUUAUGCUCCUGCAGUUUCGCUGCUCAAUUUUCUGCCAUUUAGGAGUUAAAUCACUUGGUUUAUGCAGCCAUAGUCACACCUCCCUAGCUAACAAAAAAGUGGUCUUAUUAAACUUUCUUUAUUGCACAUUGUGUGUUUAAUUUACUAAUUCCUAUCUACUAUAGCUUGAAUUGCUAAAAACAUUUAAUGCUGGCCAUGAUAGAAUGGUAUCAGAGCACACAGUGCAUCGCAGUUUGCAGAGUUUGGGACUGCAUAGCCAAUGAAAGGUUAGUGUCCAUGAUGAUCCUUGUCACCACCAAAAGUGCCUUCAGUAGGGACAUGAUUGUCAAAAAUAACAACUCGUACUGUUGUCCAAACUAAUUAACAACUUUUGUUUUAAAAGAACACAACAACAGAGAGUUCAAUGACACAAUUUUUAAAUAAUGAUAUAAAUAGAUAAAAUUAAGCUUAUAUUUAUUAGUAUCUCCAACAAAUGCUAUACAUACACACACAGACUGCUGAAUAUAUGCACACAGUCUGCUGAAUACACACACACACACACACAAGACUGCUGAAUACAGAGACUGAUGAAUACACACACACACACAGUCUGCUGAAUACACAUACAGACAGCUGAGUACACACACACAGACUGCUGAGUACACACACACAGACUGCUGAAUACAUACACACACAGUCCGCUGAAUACAUACACACACAGACUGCUGAAUACAUACACACACACACACACACACAUACUGCAUUGAGGGGUGUAGUGUAUGUGUUUGUAUGGGGUGCUGUGUGUGUGGGGGGUGCUGUGUGUGUGCGAGGGGUGCUGUGUGUGUGUGUGUGUGUGUGUGUGAGGGUUGCUGUGUGUGUGUGUGAGGGUUGCUGUGUGUGUGUGUGGGUGUUGUGUGUGUGUGUAUGGGUGUUGUGUGUGUGUGGGGGGGUGUUGUGUGUGGGGGGUGUUGUGUGUGUGUGUGGUGUGUGUGUGUGUGUGUAAGGGGGGUGCUGUGUGUGUGGGGGUGCUGUGUGUGUGUGUGUGAGGGUUGUUGUGUGUGUGAGGGGUGGUGUGUGUGUGAGGGGUGUGUGUGUGUAUGAGGGGUGCUGUGCUGUGUGGGGGGUAGGGGUGCUGGGCGGGGGUAAGGGUGCUGUGCUGUGGGGUGCUGUGUAUGUUGUGGGGUGAUGUGUGUGGAGGGGUGGGGCUGCUGUGUGUGUGGGGGGUAAGGGUGCUGUGUGUGGGGGGUGGGGGUGUGGGAGGAGGAAGGAGUGGGAUGCUGGUGUGGGUGAAGGGAGGGUGCUGGGGAGGGAUGCUGGGGGGUACUGUGUGUGGGGGGGUAGGGGUACUGCUGGGAGGUUAAGGGUGUGGGGGGGCUGAACGUGUUUUUUAAAAAAAAAGUGUACUAAAUCAGUACCCCCCUCCCUCCUUCUUACCUUUAAUGAAGGAGGGGGGGACACAGCAAUCCCUGGUGGUAAGUACUGCUUCCGGGUCGAGAGGCAGGGGGAGGGAUCUGUGAAGCAGCUCCCCUGUCCUCCUGCACGAUGCUGUGUGGAGCGUUGCCAUGGUAACGCGCGGCAACGUUUCACACAGCUUGCUCGCGGGAGGACAGGGGAGCUGCUUCACAGAUCCCUCCCCCUGCCUCCUGACAUGGAAGCAGAGUAGGCGCCUGCCGUUUUGGGCAGACAGGUGCCUACUCUGCAUUGAUGGCGAACCUAUGGCCGCGUGCCCACAGAGAGGGCCCGGCGUGCCAUCUGUGGCACGUGUGCCAUAGGUUCGCCAUCACUGGUAUAGGGAAUGUAGUGUGUGUUUGUGUAUAAAGAAUGCAUUAUGUGUGUGUGUGAAGGUGUGUGUGUGUGCGCGCGUGUGUGAAGAGAUGCAUUGUGUGCUUCUGUGUAUGUGUGCAAGGGCUGCAUUGUGUGUGUGUGUGUGUUUGUGAAGUAUGCAUUUUGUGUGUGUAAGGGAUGCAUUGUGUGUUUCUGUGUGUGUAAAUGAAGAAUGGUGUGUUUCUGUGUAAAUGUAGGAUGCUUUGUAUAUUUCAGUGUGUGUGUGAGUAGGGAUGAAUUCUGUACAUGUGUGUUUCUGUGUAUGUGUAAGGAUGCAUUCUGUAUGUGUGAAAGAGAUUGUUUGUAGGGUAGGAUAGGGGCUGAGAGGGAAGCAGCUCUUUUAUUUUGUUAAUAUAAUUUGUUUUGUAUAUUUUUUCUUUAGGUUUUGUGUCUUACACUCCCCUUUAGUGUAUCUCUUACAAACCCCUUGUGUGUCUCUUAUCCCCCCUCUUUGUAUGUCUCCUACAUCCUCCUAACCCCUUGGGGUCUUACUCCCCCAAGCCCCUUUGUGUCUUACUCUUCCCAGCUCCUCGCUAUGUCUCUUUUCCCCCCAGGUCCCUCUGUGUGUCUCUCUCACAAGCAACUUUGUUUGUCUCUCUCCUGAAACCCUCUGUGUGUCUGUCUCCCCUACCAGCCCUUCUGUGCUUCUUUCACCCCUUUCUCAGCCUGUGUGUCUUCCGCUCCUCCCGUACCUUAAUGAUCUCUUCCACUUCCCCCACCCCUUAGUGGUCCCAACUCCACUUCUAACCCUGUCCCUUAGAGGUCUCCCAUCCUGUCCCUUAGAAUUCUCCACUCCCCUCCUGUCCCCUAGUGUUGUCCCCUCCCCCUCCUGUCCUUUAGUGCCUUAGUGGUCUCUUCUCCCCCAGUGUCCCUUAGUGGUUCUCUCCUCCUCUCCCUCCCAAGUGUCCUCCCUUAGUUGUCUCUCCCCUCAAGUGUCCCUUAGUGGUCUCUCCUCCUCCCCCUCAUUGUCCCUUAGUGGUCUCUCCUCCCUCCCUCCCCCAGUUCCCUUCUGUUCUCCCCCCAAGUGUCCCUUAGUGGUCUCCUUCUCCCUCAGUGUCCCUCAGUGGUCUCUCUCCUCUCCUCUCCCUCCAGUGUCCCUUAGUGGGUCGUCUCCCCCACCCUCCCAUGGUGGUCUGUCCCCUCCUCCUUGGUGUCUCUCCUCUCCUUAGUGUCCCUUAGUGGUCUCUCCCCCCCCAGUGUCCCCCUUAGUGCCAUCUCCCACCCCUUCCCUGUUGUGCCUUCUACCUCUUUGUAGCGUGGCCGGGCAGAACAAACCGCGGUACAGGAGCUUCUGUUUCCUGUACCCGGCCGGACUAACAGGAAGUGCUCACUGAGAGAGCACUUACUUUAAGUAUGGCUGUGUACAGGAAACACAAGCUUCUGUAUCGCAGUCCGCGCUGCCCGGCCACACUACACAGAGAGUCUGGCAGGAGGGAGCACUGUGCACUUCCCUCCUGCCGGGUUACUCGAAACUUGCGCCCCCCAGGCCAGUGCGCCCUAGCCACUGCCUAAGUUACCUCUAGGACUCGCCGGCCCUGGUUGUUGCCUUGGCCUCCAAAUUCCCCAGAUCUCAAUGCAAUUGUGCAUUGUGCGAUGUGCUGGAACAAUAAAUCCAAUCCAUGGAGGUCUAACUUGGCACAUUGCUGGACUUUAUAGAUCUAUUGCUAAUGCCUUGGUGCCAGAUACCAUAGGGCACAUUCAGACGUCUUGUGGAGUCCAUGUCUCCAUGCAUCAGAGCCUUUUUGACAGCACGAGGGGGGCCUGCAUUAAAUUAGGCAGGUGGUUUUAAUGUUGUGGCUGAUCAGUGUAUGCUCCCUCUUGCAUUCCUCACAUACAACGGCUCUUAAUCAAAGACACGGUACCAUAAACAUUUCAAAACCAUGUAUAUAAGCAAGGCACUAGGAUAUGAAAGUGAGCAGGAAUUAUCAGAUGAAAAUUAAUGGUGCGGUUAAAGGAAAGGAUUGUAAUCAUCAAGCUCAUGAUGAACUACAACUACAAUAAGUUGGAUGAUCAUGAUUGUUUGACUUCACCAACAGCCAGGGAGCUGCAGGUUUCUGUGGUUUAUGUCUCCUUUAAAUUUCUAAAAAAUACAUCAGUUAUGUACAUAGAACUCCAAAAUUAAUGUCUGAUGUUUUAGGUAGAUCUUAAAAUAAAAGAGUUAUAUCUGUGUUAAAGGGACACUAUAGUCACCUGAACAACUUCAGCUUAAUGAGGUUGUUCAAGUGAGAACUAUAGCUCCCUGCAGCCUCUCUCGUGUAAACACUGUAUUUUCUGAGAAAAUACAUUGUUUACAUUGAAAGCUAGGAACACCUCCAGUUGCAGUAACUCAGAGUGAACCAGAGGGACUUCGGAGUUCCAUCCACUCAGAUCUGCUGUCAGCAGAGCACAGGGCAGCACCGUGCACAGCAUCCUUUGAUUCAGUAUCGCCUCCCUCUGCAUGCAGACACUGAACUUUCCUCAUAGAGAUUCAUUGAUUCAAUUCAUCUCUAUGAGGAGAUGCUGAUUGGCCAGGGCUGUGUUUGAAUCAUGCUGGCUCUGCCCCUGAUCUGCCUCUUUGUCAGUCUCAGGUCUCAGCCAAUCAUAUGGGAAAGCACUAUGAUUGGAAGCAGACUGCUUGUUUUUCUGAGUCUAACAGCAUGCAGAGUUACAGCUUUGAAUACAGUAAGAUUUUUACUAUUUUUAUGGAGGCGUGUUUGUGUUCCUGACCCUAUAGUGAUCCUUUAAUAUUUCUCUAAUUCUGUAGGAUAGGGAACCAUUUCAUACUUAGAACAAAUGUUUUCUUUUUGUCUUAAAGUGGAUCUGUCCUUUGAUUUGUGGACAACAAACACCACAGAAGAUAUGCUUAGUAUAAAUUUAAGGGAAAAGCUUCUAAAUUCCUUUACUAAAUAUUUCCGUGGUUAGUAAUAGCUGUGAAAGAACACAUAAACAGAGGUUUUUUAAUUGCAGGGAAGUGGUAAGUAUUCAUUGUCUAACAUCCUGUAUUGUUAACUUUUUAAAUGUGUUUUCUGCUCACAUUAAAAAUCAUUAGAUGUUUUUAACCACAAAAUACCAGGAUGCUUGAGGGUGAAAGGUAUCCCCAUUAAACAGACUUGUUCUGUGUUGUUAUACAUAACUGGAAAGAUGGGAAUGAUCAAAUAAACAUAUCAGAAGGUGGCCAGCUGAAAUAGUUUUUUACAUCUUCAAAACAAAAUGGCUGCAGGAAAAGGCAAAGGCUGAAAUGGAAAGGGGAGGAAGAGAAGGGAGGCUUCUUGUCCAAAAUUAUAAUCAUAUAUCUGGUAAUCAUCCCAGUUUAUUUUUUAAGGAAAUCAGAGUAUGAUGGAGCAUAGCCUAUAGCUUACCAGCAUACUAUUCUGAACAUUAGCAAAAACUAGAGUGAUGGAGGGGUAAAUUUUAUUAUGUAAAAUAAUCCGAUAGGUUGCCCUACUGCUAAGUGCUGACAUCAAUUUGUGGAGCAAUCUACUUUCAAUAACACCCCAUAGUAUUUUAUAUAUUAUGAGUCUACGUUACAUUUUUUUUCAAUGAAGUAUAAAUCACAUAUAACAGAAAUACACUGACAUCCCGGAACAUACCUCACUCACAACAUUUUACUUUUUUUCAUUAGUUACAACUUAGAAGCUUAGCAUCUUCUUCGACCAUCUGUCAAGCUGGUACAUCACCACUGAUAUCUUUUGAACGCGACUGCACACAUUCAACAACAAGAAAAGGACAAAUAUUGUAUAUAUACGCACUCAAAUAGCCUUACCAUACAUAUCAGCAUUGGAGCCAGAUCUGGGGAUUGGAUGGACAUUUGGGAAGCAAUAGCAACAUUACCAAACUGUGUUACUCACAAAGAACAAGCUAAAAAUGCUAGUUAAGUGGUAUUUCACACCUGCUCGUCUGGCAGCAUGUGUAGAAACUGAUACUUUCUUCCAGUGUUGGUGAACAUGCCCAACGUUGUGACCAGUAUGGCAAAGCAUUAAAGUUGUUAGUUGUUAGUAGAGUGCUGGGUAAGCCCUGUCCCUUAGACGCCUGGGCUUUGCUUUAGUCCAAACUGAUUGAUUUAUUUACCAGAGUGGAAAAUAAGCCUGCAACUAAGAUAGCACUAACCACCUGCAGAGCAAUUGGUGAAGUGUGGGCAACGCAGCAUUUUCUUUUCCUUGUUGUGAUUAACAUAAAAAUACAGGAUAGCAGGAGCGUGGCUAGCUGAGCAAGGAACAAGACGUGCUGAUGUGGAGCUCUGGCUUGCCCACUGAUAUACUGAUUAAACUGCCACUUGACCGAUCCACAAAACAAAUGCAUGCAUAACUCAGAACCCCCACCUGAGAGAGAUGGGACACAGAAAUCACAAAUUGACUCACUCGGGGAGCUCUAAUUUGCCAGACAUUUGUAGGUCGGCAGGAGGAGUCCAUAGAGGAAGAUGGCACUACAACAUCGCGGGCUCUGAGCAGGGUGUACAGGAGUGAGGAGUCUGACUCAGAUGCUUCACCAUCCACUAAAGGAGACAUUAAAAAACUGUCGGUAGACUUGCAUGAGGUCUGAAAGGCCGACGUAGCUUGUGUGCGCACUGAAGUUGAUGGCCUCAAUGCACGGGUUAGCGCAGCUGAAACAAGACAAGGGAAAAGGGCAUAUAUAUUUCCGGAGGCUCGAUCCCGGAUGGAGACCAUGUCCCAGCAACUCACCCGCACUGUCACAAUGUUACAAAAAUGUCACCGAAAGAAUGUGCGGAUUGACGGUGUACCUGAAAGAGUGGGCACUGAAGCUUCUCUGGAUUUUACCACUGAAGUGGCAGCGGCACUGGGAGUGCGGUCAGUAACGGGAGCAUUACCCAUCACUUCUGCAUCUUGAAUACGGAAGGCCUUAACUGCCCCUGUGGAUGAACCAAGGGAUAUCAUAGCAGUUAACCGGGACGUUUCUAUUAAAUCAGCAAUAUUAGCCCGCUCAAGGACUACCCCCUCCAUCAUGGUGAACAGUUGUUCCAUCCGGGUCUAUGAUGACUUGCCCUUCAUUGCCCUCUUUGAGAGGCGGAGGUUUAUGCCGGUGACGAGGGAGCUCCGUGAAAGUGGUAUCCGAUACAGAUGGGGAGCAUCGGCACCCUCGUGGUGCAUCAUGGAGACCCUGUCUUAAACCUAUUGGUGCACAAUAACCCAAUGGAAUUUUUGAAGGCACUUCACUUGCCAAAGCAGGCUUCCCCUACGCUGACUGCUGUCACAGUCCUAGAAAUUGAAGGGACCAACUUGGAAUGAGGACAGAACUCUGAGACGGGGACAGCAAAUAUGGUUGACAUAUUAGCAAGGAGACACUAAAUGAUAGGUAUGCAAGUGGAGAACAAUUAGUGCCAUCUGAUGUCUGCGUGUAGGGGGAAAAGUACAUAUCAUCUGAUACCCUGAUUGCAAUAACGUCAAAUAAAGUGGCCACAGGUGAGACUACUACAGAGAUGCAUGACUAGGCCAAGCCAUCCCAGGACUCUCAAGAGAUUUGUAAAACCCUUCCCCACAUCUCCCUAUGACACUGGGCGCCCCAGGACACAACAGUGACCUAUUGACUAGGCAGGAGCAUAAAUGUAUGAAUGUCAGGAGCACUUGGGUAUCUUCAUGCGGCACCAGAGAAUGCAACAGAGCUAAGGUUAUGACCUGAGAAUCAACUGUAUUGUGUCAAUGAAAUAAUACUUUAGAGCCCCCAGUAAUGAGGACUAUAGCCACCUAGAAAGAGUCAGAGAGAGGAUGAGAGUUGCACAAUAGAUGUUAAAGUCAGAUAUUGGAGCAAGAACCCUAUAAAAGAGUUUAGAUUGUUUAACUGAUUCUCACGUUUGUCAUGUUGUAGGUAGUAUUGGAAUGUAAAUGUGGGACCAGUUUUAUAUCCUGUAAAAAUUUGCACGCAUAGGGAUUUUUUCAAAAUUUCGCUACUAACUAGAACUCUGGAAUAUAAUUUCCGUUAUAUAUAAAAAUUCACACUGCAUGUUUCUUACGGUCUGAUACUAUGCUACGCUAAGGGGCGUAUCACUGUAUUACUGUGAUGACGUUUUCGUAUUGACAUGUAUUGUAUACUGCAUGUGCAAUGUGGACCAAAAUAAAGAAUUAAAAAAAGGAUAGCAUCGUCAUGGAUAGACCCACUUCCCUAACUCAUGAUAUCCCCAAAUCAUUCCACAAAACUUGGGACCAUUGGCUGGAUGGAGACACAUACCUCCCAUGUUAGAAAACUUUUUAACCAAUAGCUCAUUCAUCAAAUGUUCAUCACAACUACUCUAAUUAGUUCACCGCAGUGCCAGCUCUUAGUUAUCCUACUCACCUUUCUUUCCUUCUGUAACGAAGUGCCCUUCGCCACUUGUGCCUGGAGAGGACUGCUUGCCCGCCUCUUGCCCUGUGACUAUGGACCCUGGGAGGUUUGGCCCGUUCAAUUCAGUAUGUUAGGAGUUAUGUAUUUUUGUAUCCUUUUGUGUUUUACUGGGAACAUGUGCUCAAUGGAGUCUGCUUCUAUCCCUUGAUAAUUGGAUUAUGUUCACCAUUGUCUCCAAGAUAGAGGGCUCUGUAAAACCGGUUUGGGACAGAUAGCCAUGCUGCCAGCCAAGCCCCAAAAGAUACUUUGCUAACUUCUGAAUCCCUGGUCUGAUUCAUGCCAUUUUUUGAUAUGUUGUUUCCCUGAAUGGAUUGAUUGUGAAUAUAUAUUUUUUAUGUGAAUGUGAUGUAUAUUUUAGAAGUUAUGAAUGCUGUAAAAACUGUAUUAUUUCUGGCCAGCAGAUAAUUGAGCUUUGUGUAUUGUAGAAACCCUGUCACCCCACCUGUCACCCCCUCUCACCCUGCCACCUGAACUCCCUCACCCACUCUCACCAUGCCACCCCACCUGUCACCUCCCUCUCACCUUGUCACCCCACCUGUCACCCCCUCACCCUGUCACCUCCCUCUCACCCUGCCACCCCACUUCUCACCCUGUCACCCCACCUGUCACCCCCUCACCCUGUCACCCCACCUCUACUCUGUCACCCACCCUGUGACCCUACACUAUAAGUGUCACCCCCUACUCUGUCACUCCCAAAACAAUAUGUCACCCUUCUCAGCCUGUCACCAAUACUCCCACCUCGCUACUGUCAGCCCCUAACACUAUGUCACCCCCUAACACUGUCACCCCCUCUCACCCUGUCAUCCCCCUCUCUCUCACUCUGUCAUCCUCUCACACGCUGUCACCGCCUCAUACUAGUAGUCCUCCCUCUCACACUGUCACCCAAUCACACUGUCACCCCAUCACACUGUGUCACCCCCUCUCACUCUGUCACACCCUUACACUAAUGUAACCCUCUUUCACCUGUCACCCCCUCUUACUCUGUCACCCCCCCUGUAACCCACCAAACUGUCACCCACCCGUACUCUGUCACCUCACUCUGUCGCUCCCUACACACUAGGUCACCCCACCUCACACUUUCACCACCUCACACUAUGUCACCCCUCUUAUUCUGUCACACUCUGUCACCCUCCCUCUCACUAUGUCACCCACCCUCUUACUCUGACACCCCCCUCUUACUCUGACACCCCCCUCUUGAUCUGUUACCCACCUUCACUAUGUCACGUUCCCUCUCACUCUGUCACCCCCCCUUACACUAAUGUAACCCUCUCUCACUAUGUCACCCCCUCUCACACUAGGUCUCCCCUCUCACACCCCUUCUCACCCUGUCACCCCCUCUUACUCUGUCACCCACCCUGUGACCACCCACACUGUCACCCACCCAUACUCUGUCACUUCACCCUGUCACUCCCCACACACUAGGUCACCCCACCUCACACUUUCACCCCCUCUUAUUCUGUCACCCUCCUUCUCACUCUGUCACCUCCAUCACACUAUGUCACCCACCCUCUUACUCUGACAUCCCCCUCUUACUCUGUUACCCACCUUCACUAUGUCACCCUUCCUCUCACUCUGUCACCCCCUCUCACUCUGUCACACCCCUUACACUAAUGUAACCCUCACACUCUAUCACCACCCCUCACACUCUGUCACCACCCCUCACUCUCUGUCACCCCCUCACACUAUGUCAUUUCCCCCACACACUCUGUCACCACUCUCUGCACACACUGGCAACCCUCUCGGCGCACACUGACUCCCCUCUAGGCGCACACUGUCACCCCUCCAUACACAUUGUCACCCCCCUCCAUACACACUUUCUCUCCCUCCAAACACACAGGCACCACUCUCCAUUCUCACUGUCAACCCUCAACACUCUGGCACCCACCUCCAUACACUCUGGUACCCUCCUGCUCUUUUACACUCACCCUGCCACAGUUACCCCUUUACUCACCGUCACCCCCUGAAGGCAAUAAUUAUACACACUGUCAUAAAACAUAGCUUCGCCAUAAACUCAGUGCCAAAGGCCACAGGCAGUACACAAACAUACACAUGCUCAGAGAAACAUACAUACAUACAUAUACAAGGAUCCUCACUGCCAGACACACACAGGUAGACAAUGCAACGAUGUAUACAAAGACUAGCUCACUAUAUCCAGUGCUGCAAGCUCCCCCUUCAAUAUAUCUACAGCUUCUUAUACACACACAAAUCAACUGCUAUUUAUUUCAAUAAUGGUGUUAGUGGGGGCCUCAUGUAUGAGUUUCGCCUAAGGCCUCGCCAAGUCUAGAGCUGCCACUGGAUACUACCAUAUUCUAGUAGAAGAUAUAUUAAAAUAUAGCUCAGUGCUUGUAACAUGGGUUUUACAAGCAGUGUUUUAAUAUGAGAAACAGGGCCAAGUGUCAGGUGCUGUGUGUUGUUGACAAACACAUACCAAAGGCCUCACAGUUUUACCUUUAACCUACUUUCCAUAGGUCCCUCAACGUGUCACAGUCUGGGGCAAGCUGGCCUGGGUGGCAAGGUGACAUUCAUGCAGUUGGAACAAAUUUAUUUAAAAAUAUCCUGUCAUGUAGUUGGUAACUGAGAAUUAAAAAAAACUUUGGAUCAUUUAGAAAAUAUUUGAAUAACAUACAAUCUUCCAGCAUGCAACCAACAUCUUCCUGCUCAUUACGGUGGUAAAAAUUCUAACAUGGAGAUCAAGUCAGCUGUUCUAACUCAGCCCUAACGUCAUUAAACUUUAACAUAUUAAAGCAGCUCUAUUACUUUGCAGGUUGUGAUUUUAAAUUCUUUUUUUAAUAGGCAUAAGAAAAACUAAAAGGAAAGAAUAUUUUUUAUAAUUGCCAACAUAUGAAAAAAAUUCCCAGGGACACUUUGCAGCACAGCUAUCAGUUGCUACCUUGAAAAUGUACCACAUCCACUGUCGCAAAGCUCCGCCCACAUUGUCCAACCCACAUAAUUCAUCUUCGCCUACUUAUCAGAUUGCAGAUUACAGGGUCUACUCAAUAAAGAUAAAAUUACAGGGAACUGAGAUGGUAAUUUUAAACUUAAGGACAAAGUAGUCGAGUUGGAAAAAUUCUCCGAUUCAGCUGCACUAUUUUGACCUAAAUUUUGCAAUACCCAUCCAGGGCCGGCGCUACCUGUAAGGCGGACUAGGGAGCCGCCUAGGGCGCCCCUUGGGAAGGGGCGCCGCCAGGAGCGCUGGCCCCCAUGCUGCAGCCUCCCGAGCGCUCUGUAGAGAGCUCACACGUUCACACCCCUUCUCACCCUGUCACCCCCUCUUACUCUGUCACCCACCCUGUGACCACCCACACUGUCACCCACCCAUACUCUGUCACUUCACCCUGUCACUCCCCACACACUAGGUCACCCCACCUCACACUUUCACCCCCUCUUAUUCUGUCACCCUCCUUCUCACUCUGUCACCUCCAUCACACUAUGUCACCCACCCUCUUACUCUGACAUCCCCCUCUUACUCUGUUACCCACCUUCACUAUGUCACCCUUCCUCUCACUCUGUCACCCCCUCUCACUCUGUCACACCCCUUACACUAAUGUAACCCUCACACUCUAUCACCACCCCUCACACUCUGUCACCACCCCUCACUCUCUGUCACCCCCUCACACUAUGUCAUUUCCCCCACACACUCUGUCACCACUCUCUGCACACACUGGCAACCCUCUCGGCGCACACUGAUGGGAGGGUGAGAGAAAAAGAAAUUGGUAGGGGAGGGGGGAGAAGAAGAAAUUGGUAGGGGAGGGGGAAGAAAAAGAAAUUGGUAGGGGAGGGGGGAGAAGAUGCAAUGUACAAAAUGCAAUGUACAAAAUGCUGGAUACAAUGCAAUGUAUGCAUUUGUAUCCAGCAUUUUGUAAAAGAUUGUCCCUAAGGAAGUCCCUGACAGGGACGAAACGCGUUGACUACUAUUGAACAUUUUUUUCAUCAUCUGCUAUUAUUUACUUUGAUGUAAGUAAUAAAUGCUGCUUUUUGUACUUUAUCUACUCAGUUACUCCAUUAUUUUCUUGCAUUUUUCUAUCUUUUGUAUGAGAUUAUCAUCUAUUCAGCAUUGAAGCAAGAAGACACACACCAAUAUAUUUCUGAAGGCACUUUAUUUGAUAUCAAAGUGUGAGUGAUCACUUGGCACUUAAUUUUAUAUCCAGUAUUAUUAUACACAGUGUUGCACUAUGUUACAUUUUUGCUUCCCUAGCUGGAAUAGUCCUAUACUAUACAUGUGUUGAAUUGAAGAUAGGAGGAGAUCUUUGGGCAUAUCCUAUGCUGGAGGGAAGUUGCUAAUAUUUAUAUUUUCCACUAUAAUCACUUUUUGGGAGAAACAGUGUUAUUGUAUGUGGACACCAGAAACACUUUUUGUAAAUUUGUGAGUUUGUGAGAGAUGCUAUUUUAUUAUACACACAAACCUGUAUUAUACAGAGAGCAGCACUAUACAGGGAGCACUGACUGUCCCAGCUUAUUAUACACACAAACAUGUAUUAUACAGAGAGCAGAACUAUACAGGGAGCACUGACUGUCCCAUCUUAUUAUACACAGAUACCUGUAUUAUGCAGAGAGCAGCACUAUACAGGGAGCACUGACUGUCCCAUCUUAUUAUACACACAUAUCUGUAUUAUACAGAGAGCAGCACUAUACAGGGAGCACUGACUGUCCCAGGAUAUUAUACACAUACCUGUAUUAUACAGAGAUUAGCACUAUACAGGGAACACUGACUGUCCUGUAUUAUACAGAGAACACAAACCUGUACUAUACAGAGAACAACACUAUACAGGGAGCACUGACUAUUCUGUGAUAUUAUACAGACACAGACCUGUAUUAUACAGAGAGCAGCAUUAUACAGGGAGCACUGACUAUUCUCUGAUAUUAUACAGACACAGACCUGUAUUAUAUAGAGAGCAGCACUAUACAGGGAGCACUGACUGUCCCAGCUUAAUAUAUACACAGAUCUGUAUUAUACAGAGAGCAGCACUAUACAGGGAGCACUGACUGUCCCAGGAUAUUAUACACACAUUCCUUUAUUAUACAGAGAGCAGCACUAUACAGGGAGCACUGACUGUCCCGGGAUAUUAUACACACAAUGACCUGUAUUAUACAGAGAGCAGCACUAUACAGUGAGAACUGACUGUAUAAUACAGGUCUAUGUGUGUAUAAUAUCCUGGGACAGUUUGUCCUUCCUGUAUAGUGCUGCUCUCUGUACAAUAUAGGUCUCUGUGUGUAUAACAUCCUGGGACAGAGAGCAGCACUAUACAGGAAGCACUGACUGUCCCAGGAUAUUAUACACAGACCCGUAUUAUACAGAAAGCAGCACUAUACAGGGAGCACUGACUGUACCAGGAUAUUAUGCACACAGACCUGUAUUAUCGAUAAAUUAUCAAUAAAAUUAAGCUUACACACACAGACUGCUCAAUACAUACACAGACUGCUGAAUGCACACAGACUGCUGAAUACAUUGACUGUUAAAUACACACACAGAGACUGCUGAAUACACACACUGCUGAACACACACAAAGAGACUGCUGAAUACACACAGGCUACUUUAUAUAUACACACACACAGUGCUGAAUGCACACACAGACUGCUGAAUACAGUCACAGACUGCUGAACACAUUCACACACAGAUUGCUGAAUACACGGACACACCGACUGCUAAAUACACUCACACAGAUUGCUGAGUAUGCACACACAGGCUGCUGAAUACACACACGUGCAUACAUACAGUACAUUUAAUACACACACAGAGAUUGCUGAAUACACACACACACAGACUACUGAAUACAUAUGCAGACUGCUGAAUACACACACACUGCUGAAUACACACAUACUGCAGUGAGGGGUGCAGUGUAUGUGUUUUUGUUUAAGGGUGCUGUAUGUGUGUGUGUGUGUGUGUGUGUGUGAGGGGUGUUGUGUGUGAGCAGUGCAGUGUGUGUGAGGGGUGCUGUUUGUGAUGGAUGCUGUGUGUGUGAGGGGUGCUGAGUGUGUGAGGGUGCUGUGUAUGUGUAUCAGAGGUGCUGUGUGUGAGGGUGAUGUGUGUGUCAGGGAUGCUUUGUGUGUAAGGGGUGCUGUGUGUGUGUGAGGGGUGCAGUGUGUGUGAGAGAGAUGCUAUGUGUGAGAGGUGCAGUGAGUGAUGGGAGCUCUGAGUGCGUGAGGGGUGUAGUGUGUGUGUGUGUGAGGGGUGCUGUGUGUGUGUGUGUGUGUAUGUGAAGGUGAUGUGUGUGUGCUGGGGUGCUGUGCCCUGGUGAUCUGGUGGUGGUGAGUUGUCACAAGCUCACUACAGACAAGCUCACUGACACACACACACAAGCUCACUGACACACACAAGCUUUUUCACUAGCAGGCACAUACACACACAGUAUAUCAAGCCUACCUGGCAUGGGAGGCUGUUGCUGGGAGGUCAGGUAACCAUUAUCUGCAGUAAGGUCUCCUGCAUAAUGUGGGGGUGGAGCUUGAUGCCGGGAGUGGAGAUUCCAAUUUGGGGGUGGAGCCUGCAUCCACAAGGCAGAACAGGAGCCUGUGUGUAAGGGAAGCUGCUGGGAAAUCGCAAGGGAGACUGUCAGUGCUCCCUUUGGCGCCCAGCAGCCCCCAGUAUCUCUCUCCAGCCCCCAGCAUCGCUCUCCUGAAUUCCCUCGGACUGUAACAAGCUGUUACAGUCCGAGGGAAAAUAAUAAAAGCACAUGGCCAGUAAGUUGCCAGGACUUUCCCAGGAGAGUAAAUUGCCCGGGACAGACUCCAGCUUGCCGGGACUGUCCUGGCAAAAACGGGACAGUUGGCAGGCCGGUGGGCCCUCACCAGACAUAUUCUCUGAGGGCUGCCAUAACUAAAUUCUGAUUUUAAAAAUAGCCUAGAUAGAAAUCAACAGACCUGAACAGAGUAGCAUUGGGUUUGUGAAAAGUAAUGAACACUAGAGCAAGCACUGAGCUUCAAAACACACCACCUGAGGUGAUGGCAUAACAAUGGUCCAUCUGUAGCUUGAUUUGAUUAUGAUAAAAUAAAGGAAACAUACUUUUUUUUUUAAAUUGACAGAGUAUGCCUUCCAACCACCAAAUUCAAUUAAGAAACUCAAUUAGACAUGAUUUAGAACGUGGAUGAGUGAUGUGCAAAUUGAAUGUAAUUUUUAUAAAACCAAACAAAUAAAUAAUGUGGUUCUACUCUCGUUUGUAUAAUAGUAAGUACAUUAUGUUUCUGUUACAAAAUAUAUAUGUGUUUACAAAUAGUUGCCUUCUGCCUUCAUCAUGUGAUCUACUGACUUGCAGGAAAUUAUGGGCAAAGUAGUCCAGCAACAGACAUGAAACCAACAAAAUAAUAAAAAAGUCAUACCUGCCAACAUUACCUGCCUACCAUUCCAAGCUGGAUGGAUCUGCUUCUGAGUGGGGUGGUGUAACGGCACCUCCCAGGCAUAAAGGGGUUAAACCACCAUUUAGUAGAUCUUCCCUUCCAGAGACACAGGCACAGCUACUGCAGAACACCAAACUCCUGAACUGAUAACAAGGGAAUGCUCCAAACUCCCGAACUGCAUACAAAGUAGCACUCCAAACUCCCGAACUGGAACCUCACGAAUAGCUGGUAGCAGACGAACAGGAAAAGCACCCAAGCGGCUUACACUCCUGGCAAUCAGUCUCUAACAGCAUACAGUAACUCCCCCCAAAGACGAGACAGAGCUCCGUGUUGGGUGUCAAGCAGUGGUCUGGUUUAUUGAGGGCUACCUGCCCAGUAUUUAUGCAGGUCUCCCACCUGGUGGACACUCCCCUAGGGGACCAAAUGGGAGACUGUGACAAAGGACAGACAUGAACCAAUGACAGACACACAGAGGUAAAACAUCCACACAAUGCAUCCUAAUUUCCCUCCCUCUGUCCUGGAGAUAAUUGGGAAGUAAUCCAAUUAUCUCCCUGGACAGAGACAAAUCUCCAUUAACCACAUGGCAGUAAAAGACAGUAAAAGACAUAAAAAUGUAUAAAGUUACAACUGUUGCACAAAACAUAUACAUUCUACCUAUCCCCAGAUAGCUUAGAUCUGAGCGCACAUUAUUACCAGAUGGCGCUCAGAUCACAUACAUACAGUUCAAUCGCCAUGGAGCCAAAGUCUUUCCCAUAGUCUUUCGUUACAUGAAUAGGCUCCAUGGCAUGGCUAUCUGGGGUAAUGCUGUUAAACUACCAAAUGAACAGGCAUCGGUUAAGUGACUGAAUGCAGACGCAAGGAGACUGAUGGCUCAGCGGUGUUCGAGCAAAUAAGUGUCCGUUUCCAGUUCCCUAGUUUGGGCGCUGAACAUCGCUGGCCGUUCGGGACUUUAAAAUGGCCGCCGCCACGUGUUAGGCAAAUGAACAAAGGCCACCCAGCAUUCGUCAAUUAAGCUCCGGUUAACUGCAGCUUCUGGGAGGUAAAUUGCCGACACACUCCCAAUACAGGUGGUCCAGUCAUUCGGUUGUUUGUUCGGUAGAUUGAAUCUACCGAACGCCGGGCAGAAAGGCACGAACAAGCCUUUUCUGUAGGGGAAAAGAAGGCUUUUUAACAUGGGGCCAUAGUCCAAGGGCAACAGGCGAGCAACCAGGCCUCUCCAAUGCUUUGUGGCGAGGUUGGUUUUGCCACAGGUGGGUCUGCCCACUUAGUGGAAGAGACAGACCCUAUAAUGGGUGGAUAGGCCGACUGUGGCGGUCUGCCGAGGUAUCAUUUCCACGGAUACCCUUUUUCCCAUAUAAACAAGCAAAUAAUCCCACAGGUAAAAUAUAGCUGGUGCAUAGACCCCCCCCCCUACACCCUGCCCCCCACAUGAGACGAGGCUUAAUGCUGGCAGAAGAUUGUUUAAUGGAAGUACAGGCAGCAAAUUUACACAGUCCAUAAACUCCUCCUCUGUGCCUAAGAUAUGAUUGAGCCAGGAACGAUACAAACUCAAUUAUCUCCAGGGACAGAAAAGUAUAAAAAUUUCUGAACACCCCAAACGUACCCCUAAAAUACAUGGAAACCCCACAAAUGUCACCCCCGGAUAGGUGGGAUCUGGGCAAACAAAAUAUCCAAAAAUCACCCAGAUCUGUUCAGAAGUUUUAGAUCGCCCUCGCGGGGAAGUUUUAACCAGUCUGACACGAGGUUGAAGCCUAAAAUAGUUUCAGGGAAGUUGUGGCAAGAGUCUGUCUCCGUUCGUGGGGUUUUGUACGAAAACCACACAAGUUAGACGAAAGCACAUCAGUAGAAAAUGCUCCCUGUGAUGACCUGGGUUUGCAGGAGUCCCUGGCCGAAAUGAGUUCCAGGCUCCCCUAAUUCUGUCUAACAUUGUCCCUAUGUGGUCUAGGUGAGCCACCCAGGUGUCGCUAUAGAUCGCAAUGUCAUCCAGGUAUUCACAAGCAUUAUAGGAAAGGUAAGGUCCUCCUAGAUAUGUCCUCCAAAUUUAAGGGCCUAAACCUGUGUAUUAAGUAGCAAAACAAAUGUUCCCACUGGGAACCAGAUUGUUUGGAGUGACACUAAUGCAUAGAGCUGAAACAGAUUAAGGAAGGAUAAUGAGUUCCAAUAAACAUUAUUGUGCAAAGUAAAGUGUAGUGAAAAGAAUUAUUAGUAGAUUAGACAUUACCUACUCUUGCCAAUGUUUGGGUAAAUAACCCUUAUUAAUUGCUUAUAUUGCAGUGCGUGGUAUGUCUACUAAAUGCAAUGAUUGCAAAUAAUAAAGAAAGGGGGAAGGUGUCAAAAAGUAGAGACAAAUAAUAUCAGGGGAUACCGCAGAGGUUCUAAAACACUUCUGAAGACUAAAAAGUAGCUUAUCCCUGAAUUUCUUGUAAUUACCUUUACUGAGAUACGAAUCGAUCUGUAUAUAAGUGCCCAUAAGAGCUUAAUACUUGUAAAUAGACCAAGAUUGUAUGUGCAAGUCUACCUCUAGAGAACAGUAUGUGUUAACUCAAAAAGUUAACUGCAGCCUAUAUAGUAAUUAGAUAGUAUAGAGAUUAACUCAAAUGAACACAGGCAGGCUAUCAGUAAGAGCACAAACUGAUACAGUAUCAGACUUGUGGGCUGCCCUACCUUAUAUUUGUGACGACUGUUGUUUUCUGAUUGGUUAAAGUGUUUUGAUUGACUUGUUGCUGCUGGUGUUUUAAGUAAAGAAAGUCAAUGCAAAAUAUGAAGCCUCCUGUCAUGUGGUAAAAUUGAGUCAGGAACUGUACAAACUCAAUUCUCUCCAGGGACAGAAAAGUGUAAGAAGGCAGCAUGAGGCCUAACAUGUGUCGGGUGGGAGAGGCAGAUGAUCUCCCGGUCCGAGACCACGGGAUGCCGACUCCAGCCGAGCUAAAACCCCAUUACUCUCCCCCUGGACCGUCGGGGGUGAUCGCGGUUCAUCCCAAGGAGGCAAACCAGGACUGUAGGGAACACAGGGGAACACACUACACUGUCUACGACCCCCCUUAUUAGUAUUUAGGGCCCCCACCCACCGCUCAGGGGUGGGGGCCGGGGGGGAGGACAAUAGGUCCCCCCGCCAUCAUUUUACUUUAGGGCCCCCACCCGCCACUCAGGGGUGGGGGCCAGGGGGAGGACAUUAGGUCCCCCCUUAUUAUAAUUUAGGGCCCCCACCCACCGCUCAGGGGUGGGGGCCAGGGGGAGGACAUUAGGUCCCCUUCCCCUUAUUCUGAUUUAGGGCCCCCACCCACCGCUCAGGGGUGGGGGCCGGGGGGGAGGACAGGACAAUAGGUCCCCCCCCCAUUAUUUUACUUUAGGGCCCCCACCUGCCGCUCAGGGGUGGGGGUGGGGGGGGCAAUAGGUCGCAGGUGGGGGCUCGGGAGGGGGACCCUUUUUUUUUUUUUAACAGUGAGCAGCCACAAGAGGCAUAUUUUAGUAAUACUAAGUAAUCUUUCAGCAUUUUAGUAGAUAGCUCCCUAAUACCGUGGGAAUUAGGGAGUUAUCUACCUAUUCAUUGCUGUCAUUACAUUGACUGGCUAAGUAACUAAGUAACUUACAUUUUAUAUGAAUGUAUGUUACUUGAUUGUUGUAAGUGUUGCAAAUGCUUACAGCUGAAUCCUGACUAUGUUUGUAUACAUUUUAUUUAAAAUUGUAUACAGUGUAACAUUCUUCAUUCUUCCACUGGGUAAGUAUAUUAGUUCUGAGGCAAUACUGUGCUUCAGAACUUCGGCACUUCGGAACUUCGCCAACUUCGAAACUUCGGCACUUUGGAAAUUCGGUAAUUUAUGAACUUUGGGACUUCGACAAUUCGGCAAUUCAUCUAUUCGGACAUUCGGAAGUACCCGAAUGUCCGAAUUGCCCGAAAUUCAUCCGAAUUCGCAUUCGCACCGAAACGAAUUGCACAUGUCUAUAGCAAUAUUCAUACAUUUUUAUCCUCUACAAGGCAGAUGAUGUGCCAGGGCCAUCAAGAUUUGCUUAAACCCUUAUCAGCAAAGAGUUAACUGCUAUGAGAAAAAGAAAAAAAAAUAAGGGAAAUAAAAACUCAACCGUGAAAGAUAUUCUUAUAAAAAGCCAUGUUGGUAAAAUGAGGAUGUCAAAAGCAAAUUUAUAUAAGGCCACAACCCAUCCGCUCAUUUAUUUAGCAGGAAAGACAUCAGGGAAACUUGAAGAUGGCCACUUUGGUUUUAUAACCUGGGUUUCAGCAUAGCGUCAGCGCCGGAUUCAUUUGAAUAACAUCAAAAGGGAUCAUCAUUUCCAGUAACUGGAAUGUGAAGACCCAAUGGCCCCAGAAGGAAAGAGGAAGUUACUGAGCAAUAAAUAACAAUUUGCUAUGGUUACGAAAUUAGCAAAUAUCUAGAUUUAAUUAAACAUUGCACAGGAUGGGUGGAGUAAAAUGCAAUUUAGUAUACACAUACAUAGCUUUAGUCACUGGAAUUUAACAAACAGAAUUUCUCUAAAGUUACAGGAAAAAGAGCAGUUUGGUCGGCAAUGAUAGUAAAUCCUUCUACAGCAAAUGUAGUGAAUACAGAGAGUUGCUCUCCAGUAGAGGUGGUCUGGAGAAAAAUAACAAAGGAGUUAAAUAACAGCAAAAUAUUAUUUAAAGGAGAUUAUCAUGAUUAUGUAUAAAGCAACACUAAAGCUUUAGAAGUAUAAACAUAUAUUCCUAAUGCUAGUGGCACCUGACCUAGAGGUAAAUUGCUGAGAAGUGACUGUCUCUGCUUUAAAGUGAAUGGGCAGAUUAGCUGCUACAAUUGCCGGGGCCACAAGAGUGGCACAUGCAGGUGUUUAGCUUGACUGCAGUUAUACAAGACUGUUAACAUGCUAACAAAAAGUUACUCCAUAUAGGAUUCAGAUGUGUUUGUAUCUGUGUCAGGCCUGGUAAUCGCUACGCUGGUAACUAUAUGCUUGUGCUGGCACACAUGAGUAUUCCUCUGGAGAAUUUGGUGUUAUAAAUUAAAUCUCUUAGGACGGAAUCCCUGUCCAUCCUUGACUAGUAAUAUGGAUCGUUUACGCAAAAUGUGUCCUGCAACAAUACACAGAAACUGGCAUGUUUACAGGACAGUCACGCACAAGCCUUGUGUACCAUGGAUACUUGUAAAAUAGGCUGGUGUUUGUUUUUAAUAAUACUAAUCAUAAUAAUGACAGUAUUGUGUGUUCUUUAGCUGUCCCAGAAUUAAUGGAUGACCCCAUGUGUGGCUCACCUGCUUACUUUCAAAGAUGGGCAAAGGUGGAAUACAACUCUUGGGAAGUUCAGAGAGUCAUUUGCCAAUUCCUUGCCUGUUACUCUGCCUAGCACUAUGCAGGAAAUCAAAAAUGUUUUAAGUUAGUCACAUAUUUACUGGGUUAUUUACUAAAAGUGAAAAUUAAAAGUUGGUUUUAACAUCUAAUGCCAAAACAGCUAAACUCUCAAGUUAGUAUGGAAAGAAAAAAUAGCUCAUGCAGGCUUUUAAGGGAGUAACCCUUGGUAAUACGUAUUUAGUUAGAAUUAGAACAUUGCCUACAGAUAUAUAUAAAUGAAAAAUAAAAAAUGAUAUUUAAAACUAAUCUUUAUUGUUAUAAUUAAAAAAGAGAAAUAUAUCUAUAGGUAUCACACAGUGAAAAAGGAGGUUCUGUCUUGCAGAUAAUCUAUAAAUUGAUAGACCCUACAGGAAAAGGUAAACAAAUCUAGGAGCAUAUAUAUAUAUAUAUAUAUAUAUAUUCCUCUUUUUUCUUUCCUUUUCCUGUAGGGUCUAUCAAUUUAUAGAUUAUCUGCACGAUAGAACCUCCUUUUUGGCAUGUUCUAAUUCUAACUAAACUCUCAAGUUAGGCUACUUUGGCCUUAAAGAGUUACUUAAGGCAUCAUUAUUAUUAUUAUUUUAUUACUUAAGUGAUUAGAAGUGGUCAUGGUGCAGUGAACCUGAAUGUGCAGCACUUUGCUAUGAAGCGCUGCACUUACAGAAAUUAAUCCCUUUGCUGCCAGAGGUGUAACUCCAUCGCUGGCAGUGUCAUUAGCUAACCCAGAACAAACGUCCAGGUUGUCCAACGUCAAUUUUGUGCACAAUUGGCGGCUGACACCAGACCGCCAGUGGCAGCAUGCGAUCGUCCUAUCCUCAGUCUGUCCUCCCUGACAUGCCUCCCUCUCUGGAGAGGGGGAGUGAAGGCAGUCAACGAGGAUUGAGCUGAGGAAAAGCUUAAUUGUAAGCCCUUUAUACGUUUUUUUGUGUUUGGUGAGGGGAGAAAACUGUCAAAAAAGUAGUUUUGAAAACACUAGUUUUUUUUGGAGCGAAUAGCCGUGAGGAGGCUCUAAACCAGGAUGUUUAUAUGACCUCAAUGCAGCUUCACUUUGACCUUCUCAGAAAAGUACCUCAGUGAUAUAUUUUCCUCCUGAUCACAGCUCUGACGCACCUCUUAGGGCUCUUUGCCCAGUCAUUGCUCUAGCCCCCACUUCUACUCUAAUUCAUCGACUAAACAACAAGACGGCCUCCUGACAAUUUCCACAAAUACUAACUCAUAGAGAAAAGGAUGGACCUGCAUCCUACCAUUGAUAGUGGCAGGUUUUCCAAUACGGAAAUGAAACAUCACGCUAGCCAGGUUAUAUUUAGAGGUCAGGUGUGAAAUAAGCAAAGAAGGAAACCUAUUUGAUACACUCACUAUUCAGUGAUUUGUCCAAAAAGAUGUAAAACGUAAAAUUUCUUAAUCUUUUCUAUUUUGAACUUUUUAAGUUCUAACUAACCAUAGCACCAUUUGUGAGUGAAUUCCUCCAAGAUGUGGCAAAAAAACCCCAAAACAAACAAAAACCAAAUCCUACAAAUAAUUGGCUUAUAUCUAUUGUUGCAUUUCAGGAUUAAUAAAAAUGAUUAAGCAUUUAAAACAACAGCUUUUUCUAACUCCGAAUGUUUUUAUAUUCCCCAAUAUAGACUUUUAACUUAUUUCAAUAAAACAUUUUUUUUAAAUGGUAUAACAAAAAAAAAGUAUACCAUUUGUGAGGCAUCAGAUCUAUAUUAAAGAAAGUCCAGGUUAGGAAAACAAAAGACUUAAAACAUGUAUCCCAGCAUGCUCUGUGUUUCUGGACCCAGAACGAUUCCCACAGAGAUAAAGACAGGAGCUACAUGUAGACUGGAAGAUGACUUUGAAUUGAUAACAAGGACAGAUUAUCAAAGGUCCAUGGAAAAGAUAAAGCUUUUAAAAUCUCUACAGAGCAUUCUAAGUCAUUUUCUGAUUUCUGAAGCACAGGACAAUCAUAGUGCUUGGUUGCUUUGUACUGUGGAAGGGCACUUCUUAAUGUAAUUAAUUAACAGUUUUCCCAGAAAAUAAAUUGGAGUUAAUUCAUCAAAGCCCUGUACAUUGAAGUUUUGUUCUCUAUUCAUUAAAUGCACUGGUAGAUUUUUUUUUCACUCUUAAAAUCCCAUAUUCAAAACCUUAAAGUAGGGAAUUACAUCUGAGGAACAAUCUCUUUAUCUGUGCUGGAGAGUAUGGGUAAGGAAAUCUGUACAUUUUCCCUAAAUGCAUAAUCAGUGACAUCACUAAGAAUCUAGAAUUAUGCGCAAGCACAAAGCCGUCACAAUUUAUUUCACUAAAACUAGAUAAAAACAGUUUGUUUGUUUUUGUGUGCAUCAGAUCCUUUAGGAAACCUAUAAGUGAGUACUAUUAAAUUGCGCAGUUUUUGUCUACAACCCAGUGCACACGGAAAACAAGCAAAAAGUUAAAUGUACCUUUUUUUAGUAAAAAUACUUUUGAUAUAAUGUUAUUCAGAGGUAAAUUAAUUGUUCUUAUUCUUUCAAUAAGGGGGUUUUGGUGCACUGACCUUUUUAAAAAAAAAAAAAAAUUAUAUAUAUAUAUAUGUAUAUAUAUAUAAUACUUUCCCGCUUUUAAGAAAUGGCAGUUUUUACACUUGUUUUAAACCACACCUCUAGUGGCUGUCAGGCUAUCACCCACUAGAGGUGCUUCUUCAUUGAAGGCCUCUAAAAAACAUCUCUUAAAAGUUUGAACCCAUCCAAUGCUUCUUCUUCCACCAAGAGAAGCAUGUGAUUAGCUGAGUGCAGUGAUUGUCUCGCAUGCACUCUGUGUCUCCAGUGCUUCUCUAUGUGAAAAACGGGAUUGGAUGAAAUUCAUUAUAACUAGUGAUGUCCCGAACGGUUCGCCGAACGGUUCACGAACGGUUCGCCACGGACUCAUCAUUGAGUAAACUUUGACCCUGUACCUCACAGUUAGCAGACACAUUCCAGCCAAUCAGCAGCAGACCCUCCCUCCCAGACCCUCCCACCUCCUGGACAGCUCACUAAGAAUGCAGCUUCAAAAUGGAUGCUGUCCAGGAGGUGGGAGGGUCUGGGAGGGGGAUCUGCUGCUGAUUGGCUGGAAUGUGUCUGCUGACUGUGAGGUACAGGGUCAAAGUUUACUCAAUGAUGGGUCCGGGGCGAACCGUUCGGCGAACCGUUCGCAACAUCACUAAUUAUAACUGAUGAUUUCAUCAUAGGUGGUGCAUUUGCACCAAGGAGACUGCCCCAGUACUCGUGGUAAUUAUAUUUACUUUUUUUGUAAUUUUUGGGUUUUUUUAAGACUGGGGCUUGUUCAUUAGAAAUAUAUUUAUUUUUAACAAUAGUUUUACUAGUGCAUAAACUAUAUGUAAGCACCCCGUUGUCACAGUGAUUGGGUCAUGUUAGAUAAUUGGCCUAUCAAAAGUGAGUAAGCGGAGCAUUUAAUUGAAUGCCUUUCAACCACCCCAGUUUAGGUGAUCUAAAACCCAUUUUAUGCCAUCCCCAGUGUUCCCCCUAAUGUGCAGAUGUGCUCUGCCUCCGAUAAACCGUGUGCAUGCCAAGUGCAUUGAGCACGGACCAUUUGCAAGACUGACAAAUUUGCAUACUUUGUGUCAUUACAGUGCACACAGAUAUCUGCAUUACAGAUAUGCAAAGGCAACACCCAUACACAGGCUACAUCCCCAAUAGCCCUAAUGUUGGUACUCAGAAAGAUAGCAAAUAUGGAAUUAUGCUAAAAAUAUAUUCCAUUUCACGAUUGGUAGUAUGUAAAUGGUAUUGUCCAAUAUUUAAAAAAUCGCAUUCUUAAUUUUCCAAAUAGAAGAGUUGCAAGAAAUCCCAAGGCAAUCACAAUGGAUUGCCUUGGUGUUCAUGGGCCAGAGAAGACAUUACUGUGAAAUAUACAAAUCCUAUGAUUAAUUGAAUCUGAGCCUGCAGGAUUCCUGUGUAAACAAUGUUCUUUCCACAUUGAAGUAAAGUUAACUAAUACUGUACUUGACAUAGUGAGGUAUAAAAUAUAAACUGAUCUAAGUUAUUUCCCGCAGAUCCUUUUUCAUUAGUCAGAUCCUCUUCAUGGAAGCAGCCCUCGACGUGUGCAACAUUAAUACGUGUCUUCAUCAUCUGUUUAUCUCAUUUUGCAUGCAAGCGCUAUCAGUAUUUAUCUAUGUUUAGGAUUCUGUCAAUCUUACUGAAAUCUCACAAAAUUUGUUUUGUUAAAUAUUAAAGUUGGAUGCUAAACAAGCUAAAUUAGCAGAUUGAUGUUAUUUUUUUUUGUCUAAAUAAAGUUCAAUAUUAUUUAUAUUUAUUCAUGUUUAGCAUUUUGCUCUAACUUAGAGCAUAGUUUUAAUUAAUCACAAAAUGUAUCUUUGAAAUGUGUGCUAGUAUUAAAAUAACUUACAUCUUUACUGACAAUUCACCCAUUUAUUGAUCGUAAUAUGGUAAAAAAUUAUAUAGAAACAUAUCCAAAGUGGCAUUCUACAAAAUUGGCUUUUGGUCUCAUGCCUGUCGUGGAUGUGGUGGUGAAUGUUAUGCAGAUCAAGUGAGGAUUUGGUUUAAGGGACACUAACACAACUUGAGCUUUAUGAAGCGAUUUUUGUGUAUAGAUCAUGUCUCUGAAGUUUCACUGCUCAAUUCUCUGCCAUUUAGGAGUUAAAUAAUUUAUUUUCUGAUUAUGCACCUUCUCUGGCUGUGACAGACACAGCCUGCAUGAAAACAAAAUGGUUUCAUUUUCAAUUACGUUAGCUUACUUUAAAAGUUUGUAUCUCCUGCUCUGUAAAUUGAACCUUAAUUACAUACAUAAGACUUGUGGCAAACCUAGCCACUUUAGGUCAUACUGCUUAACAUCUGAAGGUUGUCUGUAAAAAGCUGCUUUAAUUCUGUGUAUGUAUGUAUUCGUGUAUCUCUGUAAUAGAUAAAAGCCGCUAGCAUUCAUAUGGUAGUUUCACGAACAGUGACUUUACACACUUUUUGUGAAACGAAUAAAGUACCGAAUGGGAGCCCACACACAGAGGGUCGUGUGGCUCCCAUUAACCGAUUGCAACAUUGUAGCAAUCGGCGGGUAAUUGCUUUCCUGGGUGGCCAUCGUUCGGCUACCGACCAGGCGGCGGUCGGCCAUCUUGGAUCCUUUGUUAUCCCAGCGGUGUUUGGUCGUCGAGCGCCUGGAACUAAAAUCGGCUACUCGACGGCGCGAACACCACUGGACUUCCAGGCCGUUCGGGAGCAUCAUUCCUUCAGUACUUUAUCACCCAAUAUGUAUUCUGUACUUUUAAGGUGAAUGUAAUAUAACGUGUGUUUCGUGCGGCGUUCGGCUAUUUAUGCUGGGAUCUGAGCGGUACUUUCACAAAGUGUGCGCUCAGACCCCAGCUAUCUACCGAACGGUCAUUCAGUAUAAUCACACGAAUAACAUUAAAGUUAUGUAUUUUUGUGUUAAAAUCCGGUUCUGCUGUACGGAAGGAUAAUCCACUUAACAGUAUAUUGUAGUGGGCGUGUCCCUCUCAUACAGCAGUGCAUGGUGGGAGAAAUGUCCUGUAUAUUCAGUUCCCCAUGUAGUCCUCUACUGUAUAACCCCUGUAAAGUGACUAAGGAAACCCCUUGCAUGGGGAACCACAUAAAUACUGUGACCUGUGAAUAAAAUCGUCAGUUGACUCCCAGAACUGUGUUUCGUCCGGUUACUGGGUGAUUUGGGAUAUUGCCUUCAUUUCCAGCGCUUUACUUGGAUUACUUUCUGUACCAGCGGAGAUAUUGGGAUUUAACAUUGCAGCUCCGCUACAAGACUCCUGCAGGGUCUAGCAAGUUAUUAAAGCUAUUUACACAUCUGAGGAUAAGAAAUUCUAAAUUACACAGUAUUUGCAGUAAAGGGAGUGUAAACAUUAGAUUACUCUUUACAGGAAAUAUUUAGAAAGGCUGUGUAAGUCACAAGCAGGGAGGUGUGCUUAGGACUGCAUAAACAAAGUGAAUUAACUCCUAAAUGGCAGAGAAUUGAGCAGUGAGACUGCAGGGGCAUUAUCUAUACAGCCAAAUUGCUUCCUUAAGCUAAAGUUGUUUUGGUGACUAUAGUGUCCCUUUGAGUAUGGUAGAGAUGUCAUGCACAUUUAUUGUGGACUAGGUCAUUACAUAACGAGUAUUAAAAAAGGAAUAAAUCAUUAUACUAAAAUAUAAAGAUAUAAAAAUGAAACUUGAAAAGUCAUAAAAAGUAAACAUUUUCCUGAUAUCACAGAGCAUGUGGUUUGCCUUUUAGAUCGACAUGAAGUCAUUACAAAGGAGAUUCUGGAACUCGACCCCUGGGAGAACCAUUGGAAUGUGGUGUGCACCAGAGCCCCAAUGCAUGAUAAUUAUGAUGUUUGUCUUGUAGCAAGAUUGAACCCCCGAGAUCUUAUCCCCCCACCACGUGACCUGGUGGACAGGUGAACAUGCGUCACAGUCUCGUACAAGGCUACAGUAAAUGUUAUGUCUUAGUCAAACAAAAUGUCCCUUUGUUCCUGUAAGUAUAGUUUCUUACUUUGACAUAUGUGUACUCAUUUUAUACAGAGAGAGACUUUAACAAUCUAACACAUCCAGUCCAUAAUAACACAGACGUUGAUAGGAAUCUAUAUGUCUCUUAGCUAGUUACACUUUCUUCCAGAGAGAGAAUGUAUUGCUUUUCUCUGGAUUGCCUCUUGUGAAACAUUGCUUGAAAAAUUUGGAUAACAUAAAAUGAAGAAAUAAAGCAAACUGUUCAAAUAUCAAACAAUUGUUUUACUUAAUUAAAAUAUCUGUCUCACAGAAUCCCUAAAAAGUAAAGUAAGACUAUCAACAGAUUGGAUGAUGAGCCAUUUCUCCUGGAGGUGGGAAUGCAU